CCCCCGUCACCUCUACGCGCUCCACGAUUGGCUGCCCGCAUCUGUCUGUCACAGUGUAUCAUCGGGGUGGGCGUGGCCUCGCGGUGGGUUGCGUAGCAGCGGUAGAGGAGCUGUGAGAAACCGGUGGUGGCGUCAGUUUGUGUCAGGGAGAAGCUCAGAGACGGAGUGUCCGGCGGACAGAGUCUCCCUGCCCCGGGGGGGAGGCGGCGUCCGCUCCGUUGGGGUCGGGGCGCGUCACGGUGAGUUUAUUACCAGCGGUGUAUGAUGGGAGGGCAGCUGGAGGGCCCUGAGUGCAGUCAAUGAGUGGGGGCAGGUGUGAGGAAGUGUCUGCACUGUGUGAGUGGAGGGUGACUGGGGAAUGGGGGGUAAACUACUUGUGGAACUACAGCUCUUCUAAUGUCCAGCCUCCUGUGCUAGGGAAUUAUGGGAAAUGUAUUGCAUGGCCAAUGGAAUGCCAAAGGUUGGCAAUCUCAGCUGUACAGGUCAUGGUGUAUGUUAAGCAUAGUUUUAGGCUUUUUUAAAAUUUGAAUUAUGGUCUUUGAGGAGCUUGUUAACCAGAUUCACCAUAUUUUCCUGAUAAACUUGGUCAUGCUGUGUAUGACAAAUUCUGCCUAGUAUUGAUUGUCAAUUUACAUCAUAUUAAUUAAUUAAUGUACGAGGGAUCACAAAGUAACAGCAAUGACAGCAUGUUUUCCCAACUGCAGGGCAGCACUUUUCAUUUGUUGCCAACUAGAAUAAAGGCAUUGUGUGUGUCCAGAAGACACAAUGUGCAUCUGUAAUUUAGGCAUGAACUGAAAGGGUAUAUAGAGGGUAACUGCGUAAUUUGUGUCCAAUGGGUGUUUAAUAGACAGUAUUGUGCUGCUGUGUGUCAGUGUAAUUCCACUGGAAAAUAUAUUGGACUUCAUUAGUGAUUGUGACUUUCUCGGGACUCUCUCAGCCAAUGACUAAUGUCCAAACUUCGUAUGUGUUGGCAACAAUGUCUACUUUUGCAAAGCUGUGUAGACUGGAAGGAAUGUUGAAGCCUGAUAUAGCCAAGUUCGUGUCAAAGCAUUCGUAAGUGGAUUGGCAUCUUACCCUGGGAUGGCAGCAGGGGAUGUGUGACACCAUUAUGGAUGCUUACUUAGCAUUUUUUUUUUUUUUUGGUAGUAAAAAUUCUGUCAUUGCCACAUGAUUGUAUUUUGAUUGUUGGAUUUACUUGGUGAAUUGUCCAUGCAGGUGAGCAGUUUAUGGAGCAAUGAUAAGCUGUAAACGCAUUUCUUCCUGAAUGAGUUAGGGCAAUUUUUGAGCAGCUAAGAUUUUCCCGUUUAUCCUCAAAAGAUAAGUAUUUUGCAUCUAUACAUGGUGCCAGGAAAAUCUUAAGCAAGUUCCAAGAUUGACCUCCCUCUCCAUAUUUGCUCUAUGCUUUGGGGAAAGCCAUGUGGUGUAAUUUGAUGACGGAGUAUGCAGCUACUAGUUCUAUUUCUGCUGGCAGUUUAAUAUUGCGUGUAGGUACACAUAUAGCUUAUUGUAGUAGUCAUGGUGUAAUGGAUUUUUAUGCUAUUCAUUUGUGUUUAAACUGAUUUUACUCGCCUCUUCGACUGUUGGUCAAUUUUAUUGCUACUCAUGGCUGCCUUCGUGCGAGGCAGUAUUGAAAAACACAGAUGCAAAUAGGAUCCUAAAUUAAUUUUAUUCUUUUCAUCUUGUAUUUCCUUGUUUUUUAUAAUAAGUAACAAAAACUCAUGUUGAAAGGCAUUCACAUGACAUCAGACAUCUUGGAAGUACAAUUAUACAGUUCUCGAUAUACAUUCGUUAUUGCGCCUGUGAGCUUCAGGUACAUUGAUUAUCCAAUGUAAUUGUUAACAAUCGUGUUCUGGUAAUCUGCUGCCCUAUAUCUACAAUAAUUGGCCUCUACGCCAUAACUCAUAUGUACAUUCCUGCAUAUUAUAGAAAAAUAUAAAUAUGACAACCUGCAAAAUGCUGUCUUGGUUUGAAAAUACAAUUUUAGAUUAAUUUUGUCAGCAUAUCGGCUACUGAAACAUCCUCUGUAGAUACAUUUGUACAGGUCAUGUGAGGACAGUAUACAGAUUGAAAGCUCUGCAGUAUUUUCAGCUUCCAUUUAGGAGUUGUUUCUUGACAGAUCACAUAAAAUACCAUCCUGGAUUAUUUUACAUCUGAUAUGAAUCUGUAUCGGUAAGCUUGUUAGAGCAGAUCCCUCACCCAAUCUGUAUGCUGAAUUUGUUAAAAUUCCUUUUAUAUUGUGUAUUUAUUGUUCAGCACCUUUGAAAGUGACACAGCAUUGCAAAUAAAAUGUUAAUGUACGUGGUUUUUUUUUUUGGGGGGGGGGGUUCUUGGUGACUAAGUUCAGAGAGCAAGAGAGAGAAUAAAAAAAAUCUCUCCCUCUCUCGAAAAAAACCUCGAUAUUAUUUAAUAACAGGUAACAUACAUCUGAAACGUCGAUCAGAUGUAUGUUACCUGUUAUUAAAUAAUAUCGAGGUGCUUUUUUUUUUCCUACAAAGACCUGAGAGUGCAUCUCUUUCCUUUUUGCUUUACAUAUCCAGCGUGGGAUUGCACCAAGGCAGUCUUUUACUGAUUCAUUGAAAGGGUGAGUGCCACUAUACACUGUGUGUGUGUGUACACACACCCCCCCCCCACCCCCCCCGUGGUGUAAAGUUGCACCAAUCCCCUGGUAUGCUAAAAAUUUAGUUUUUUUUAACAAGUGAGAGGCGGUCUUAUGGUGCAUAUCUUGGCAAUGUCAGGCAGAAUUGGAAUUACUGAAUCUGCUGAGCUACUGGAAUGUGCUGAAGCUGGUAAAUUCAUAUGCUGUAUGAAAUGACAGUCCUGCUUGUUUCCUGUUGUCUGUAGAAUGCUGCAUCUAAAAUUUACAGUAUAGUAAUAAAGUGUACACUUUUUCUUCAUGUCAUAUUUAAGAUUUUUUUUUUUUUAUGAUUCUUCUUGUACUGUCUGAGUUAAUAAAUCUAUAAUGAAUGUGGCGGCGAGGCUCAUUUUCCUGUCCGUUUGCGCCUCCCCGCUCUCAGUCCCUGCAUUGGCUUCCAGUUCGAUUAUAGGGCUCAAUUUAAAAUUCUGGUGCUUGCUUACAAGUCCCUACAUAAUGCUGCUCCAACCUACCUAUCCUCCCUAAUACACAAGUAUGUCCCGUCGAGGCCCCUGUGUAUUUCCUCUGUCUGUACUCCCACCUCUGAUGCUCGCCUCCAAGAUUUCUCCAGGGCUGCACUUCUUCUGUGGAACUCCCUUCCCUUCUCCGUUAGACUUUCACCCAGUCUCCACUCUUUCAAAAAAUCAUUGAAAACUCACUUCUUUCUUUUUUUUUUUUCUCUUUAAAGGAUAAAUAUCAUUCUGCCCUGAUAUAGAAUACUUGUAUGUAUGCAGUACAUUUAUGUAAGGUUUGUCAUUGUGUCUUGUUUUUAUGAUUGUUAUAGUACGAUGAUGUGAUCUUGAAUUUUGUAUGUAAAAUUGUAUUUGUUAAAAUCAAAUAAAGAAAUAUGAGGGAAAAGAGAACUCACUUCAAGAAAGCAUAUCAAUUAAACUGUUAGCAGGUUUUUAUCCCUCACUCACAUGACUCCAAUCCUGCAACUGUCAAAAAUUACAUUCUAAGCUCUCAAUGAAUACUUUUCUAAUAACCUACUUUGUACCCUUACUUUUACCCUUUUUGUCACUAUACCCCACUCCCUCUCGAAUGUAAGCUCAUUGAGCAUGGCCCUCCACCUCUCUUUCUGUAUGACUGGUUACAAUUACAUGUCUGUUUGUCCACCCAUUGUACAGCACUACGGAAUCUGAUAGCACUAUAUAAAUAAUAAUUGAAGGGGCAAUUCUAGUGGGCUGCAGGCACUAUGACCAAUUCUAUUGAAUUAAAUGGUUAUAGUGCCGUUUAAGUUGUGAUAAUGGUGGGAUUGUCUGGGUGCCUUCUUACCCUUGGAGUUAAAGGGUUACUCGAAACCUCUUGGGGAGGCCUUUCCUGUGUAAAUGGCCCUUCUGGGUGCCAUGAAGGUGGUCUCCUUCCUCGUUUAAAAAAAAAAAAAAAAAUUUCAGUAAAUGAUUGUGGGUGGGUGGGGAUUUAUUAAUUUGGAAUCCAACGCUGGGCAAAGGUUCUGGCACUGAUCUUCCAUGUCUCCUCCAACAUCACAGGCUUUUGAUAGAAAAGCUAGUGAUUGGAGAAUUUCGCCAACUUAGAAUGCAUGUGCAUGGUCUGGGCCGAUAAGGGGAGGGAAGAGUUCAAAGAAACACAAAAAAAAAAGGUAGGAGGGAGAACACAGUUGGUGGGAUAGAAACAUAGAAUGUGACGGCAGAUAAGAACCAUUCGGCCCAUCUAGUCUGUCUGGUUUUCUAAAGACUUUCAUUAGUCCCUGGCCUUAUCUUAUAGUUAGGAUAGCCUUAUGCCUAUCCCACGCAUGCUUAAACUCCUUUACUGUGUUUAUCUCUACCACUUCAGCUGGAAGGCUAUUCCAUGCAUCCACUACCCUCUCAGUAAAGUAAUACCUCCUGAUAUUAUUGUUAAACCUUUGUCCCUCAAAUUUAAGACUGUCCUCUUGUUGUGGUAGUUUUUCUUCUUUUAAAUAUAGUCUCCUCCUUUACUGUGUUGAUUCCCUUUUAUAUAUUUAAAUGUUUGUCAUAUCCCCCCUGUCUCGUCUUUCCUCCAAGCUAUACAUGUUAAGAUCCUUUAAUCAUUCCUGGUAAGUUUUAUCCCGCAAUCCAUGAACCAGUUUAGUAGCCCUUCUCUGAACCCUCUCUAAGGUAUCAAUAUCCUUCUGAAGAUACGGUCUCCAGUACUGUGUACAAUACUCCAAGUGAGGUCUCACCAGUGUUCUGUACAAUGGCAUGAGCACUUCCCUCUUUCUACUGCUAAUACCUCUCCCUAUACAACCAAGCAUUCUGCUAGCAUUUCCUGCUGCUCUAUUACAUUGUCUGCCUACCUUUAACUCAUCAUUAUCUUGCACUUAUCCACAUUAAAUGUUAGUUGCUACAAUUCUGACCAUUUUUCUAGUUUACCUAAAUCAUUUGCCAUUUGGCUUAUCCCUCCUGGAACAUCAACCCUGUUACAUAUCUUAGUAUCAUCAGCAAAAAUACGUACCUUACCAUCAAGACCUUCUGCAAUAUCACUAAUAAAAAUAUUAAAGAGAAUGGGUCCAAGUACAGAUCCCUGAGGUACCCCACUGGUGACAAGUCCAAGCUUCGAAUAUAUUCCAUUAACUACAACCCUCUGUUGCCUGUCACUCAGCCACUGCCUUACCCAUUCAACAAUAUUGGAAUCCAAACUUAAAGAUUGCAGUUUAUUGAUAAGCCUUCUAUGUGCAAGAGUGUCAAAAGCCUUACUGAAAUCUAGGUAAGCAAUGUCUACUGCACCACCCUGAUCUAUAAUUUUAGUUACCCAAUCAAAAAAAUUAAUAAGAUUAGUUUGGCAUGAUCUCCCUGAAGUAAACCCAUGUUGUCUCUGAUCUUGAAAUCCAUGUGUUUUUAGAUGUCCAACAAUCCUAUCCUUUAACAUGGUUUCCAUCACUUUCCCCACUACUGAAGUAAGGCUUACUGGCCUAUAGUUGCCCGACUCCUCCCUAUUACCUUUCUUGUAAAUUGGCACAACAUUCGCUAACUUCCAAUCUUCUGGGACUACUCCUGUUAACAAUGAUUGGUUAAAUAAAUCUGUUAAUGGUUUUGCUAGUACACCACUAAGCUCUUUUAAUAGCUUUGAGUGUAUUCCAUCAGGUCCCAUUGACUUAUUUGUCUUUACUUUUGACAGUUGAAAUAGAACCUCUUCCUCUGUAAACUCACGUGUAAUAAAUGACUCAUUUAUCCUUUUUCUUAACUGAGGUCCCUUUCCUUCAUUUUCAUCUGUAAAUACAGAACAAAAAUAUUCAUUGAGUCAGUCAGCUAGACCUUUAAUCCUCUUCUACAUACCUUCCUUAUUUUGUUUUUAAUCUAACUAAUCCUUGUUUUACUUUUCUUUUCUCAUUUAUGUAUCUAAAAAAGGUUUUGUCCCCCUUUUUUACUGACUGAUAGAGAUCAAGAUCAUCACGUCUGUCUGCAGCGUGCAGUGCUGUCUGUUCCAGGUUGCCAAUGUCAGUUCUGUGCAUAAAAUAUGCCUGUUUUUUGCCUAGGUGAGGUGCUUUUUAAAUAAAACUUAAAAUUGCUCUUUAGUGGUUGAACGAGUGUGCUGGAUCUUAUAUCUUGUAUGUUGUAUGAAUUGGCCCCAGCAGCACCCUAUUAUAUAUUUUGGAGUCCAGGCCAACUUCGCACCCCUCCCUGUCACAGGUGCCUCAUUCAAGGGCUCUAUUUAACUUUGACCUGCAGAGAGUCCCAGAAAAAAGUAUUUCCCAAGUAAAUGGAUUAAUGUCAUAAGAGCAGGCAUUAAGUUCUAGAGUAGGACCUGCCGAGAAUGGGGUACAGUGACGUUGUGUAACUAAACCCCAUUCUUUUUUUGCCUUGGUUAGCUGUUUUGAAAUUAAAACUAUUACAUUCUGUGAAACUUGAAAUUGCUGUUUAGUGGAUGAGCUAGUGCACUGGAUCUUGUAUCUUAUAUGUUGUCAGCGCUCUGUCUUGCCAAUGUCACGUGUUGAGGGGUGCAAAGAGCCCCCAGCAUACAAUUCUAAAUUUAUCAGUAUGGUUUUACUUCACUGACGCUUUCAACAGUCUGGCAAUGGUUUUACUCUGAAGUUAGGUCUUCGUCACUGGCCAUCCAUUGAGAGAAAUGGUACAGUGUGAUAUUGUCAGUUUACACUUUCAGAUUGUCUAUGCCGCCCCCUCUAAAUCAUACUGCAGCACAUAGAGGAAGGUAGCUGGGGAAUCUGUACUAGACAAUCAUGCACCCAUAACAACUUAAAUGAACUUUAAGGAACAUUCUAGAAUUAAUCGGUUGCACUUAUACUUUGUUGAUAAGUAGAGUGACUAGAGAGUCCUUUUAAAUUAUGUGGGUCAGUGUGUUCCUCUUACGUUUUCUUCUGAUUAUUUAGAUCAGUUGCACGAACUUCCCUCGGCAGUAAUUAUGCAUGUAGAUAUGUGAAUAGAAAUAGCAUUUUUGGUUAAACUUAACAAUCCAUGUGAAGCGAUAUAAAAUGUUUGCUAAAAACAUUUUGACUCACAACUACGAUGCACAAUAGCUGAGGUGUUUUUGUGGGAAAAACAUCAGAAUUGUUCUAGUUAAAGCGGCAUUGUCACGCAGCUUAAAGGGACACUCCAGGCACCCAUACCACUUCUGCCCAUUGGAGUGGUCUGGGUGCCAACUCCCACUACCCUUAACCCUGCAAGUGUAAUUAUUGCAGUUUUUAUGAGCUGCAAUAAUUACCUGGCAGGGUUAAGUCCUCCUCUAGUGGCUGUCUGAGAGACAGCCACUAGAGGGACUAACGUGUUUUAAAAGUGUUUAAAGCGGCGCUAGACGUCCUCACGCUAUGUGAGGACCUCCAGUGUCGCCGAAAUCCCCAUAGGAAAGAAAUAAUGCUUUCCUAUGUGGAGGUCUAAUGCGCUUGUGCGGCCUGACCAAGCGCCGAGGAACAUCGUUAAGUCACUGAAUCGGUUUCGGGGUGGGAAACUGUUUUCCUGGCACUGGAGGGCCCCUUUAAGGUCAGCUUGAGUCCUUUCCAUUUCCUGUAUCAAAGAAAGAUUUCCCACAAUACUCUUCCUCCUCCUUGACACUGGAAAUAGAGCUGGAUUAAGCUCCUCUUUGUGUCAGAGAAAGUCUGGUAUAGAAAAAAAGCUUAAGACAAAAUAGCCCCUUCUUUGUCUUAUGGUUUAACCCCUUAAGGAUCAAACUUCUGGAAUAAAAGGGAAUCAUGACAUGUCCUACAUGUCAUGUGUCCUUAAGGGGUUAAAGAAAACUAGGUCACAAAUAAAGAACAGUUUCUGAGUGAGGAAGAGAAGAGGAAACAAUAGGAGAAAGGUAAGUUCGACGUUACAGUGCUGCUUUAAAUGCUCAGGUUUUUUUUUUUUUUUCUCAAAAUGCAUUGUGAGAUGUAUGCAUAAAUGUCUGUCUCUGUAAUGUAAACAUCAUAUAGUUUCUUAUGACCAUGGCUAUGAAAUUAAAACUAGAAAAGCUACAAUUUCUGGGGAAAUUGUGUGAAGUGUUCUUUCCUCCACCAGUUGUGUACAACUGGAGUGGGCGGAGUAACUUUUAUUUAUUUAUAUAGCACAUUUAAUUGCAACGUUGAUGCUUCACAGUUACAUUAAAACAUACAUUUAUAAAAACAUUAGCAGGUGUACAAAGGUCCCUGUCUAUUACAUCACUUGCUGCUCCAGCCUGGCACAGGUCAGAGUAUUUUGGCGCUUGCCAUCUUCAAUCGGUCGUAUUUUAAAAACUAUACAUCCUACAGCGAAGAGCUUUAUAUUGUGAGAAUCACAAGACCCAGACCUACAUUUUGAUGCAUAGUAUGUCUCUCAAAUAUUAAAAAUGAAGGCAAAGUCGCAGUUUAGAAAUUGCUCUUCAAAUUUGAGCUGGCUAGAGUGGAGUUUCAAUGAAUGUCAAUGGACGGCGUGAGUUGCAAACAAAUGGUCAUAUUGUGAAAACUAUCAGGACUGUGGCUUAGCCGUGGACCUUUUUAGUGCAGCAGGGAUAGCUGAAUGUUUUGAUAUAAGAUUUGUGUAGGUGGGCUUGAAAAUUUUAUAGCUUUUGCCAGCUCCCAUUCUAGUUUUGAACAUUUUGCGUGGUGUAGGAACGAGCGGUAAUGUCCAGAGCUCUGAUGUCGGAAACCCUCUUGCAAGAUAUGAGGCAGAGGAGCAUGUCUAGCAUUGCUGACUGCUGUUUCUGAGAGAGAGGUAUUGUUUGGCCAUGAUUUGAGAAAAUUGAUCAUGAUGGAGACGUCCCAUAGUACUGAAUAGCGUGGUAGUAGGGGAAGUGCAAAUCUGAUGCCGCGUAGGAGUUUACAUACCAGCGGGUGGCGUCCCAUCGGAGCUCCAUCUACACCUUGGUGUGCAGCCGAAAUUGCAGAUGGGUAGAGGUUUAUUGUACGGUAGGCUUUGCCAUCCUCAAAUGAGGUUAGGAAGUGGAGAAUCUAAGUCAAAGGAGCCCAUAUGGGAUCCAAAUCUUGUUCCAGGCACCAAUCACGCCAUCUGUUCCAAGUAGACUUAUAAGCCUGUCUCAUGCCGGGUGCCCAUGCGCCCUCGAAUGUGGAGAGUUGAUUCCGAAACUCCCUCGAUUGACCAGGGUCCCCCAAAACCAGCCACGCUGUGAGAUGUCGUAGGCCUUGCUGGACCAGGGGGUGAGGGUCCUGAAGCAGGUACUCGAGGUGUGGGAGGAUGCGGGGUACAUCUAUCGUCAUCUCUAGGAGGGGAGGAAACCAUGUUUGGGAAGGCCAUAAUGGUGCCACAAUCACCAGAGUUCCCGUCUUGCGUCGUAAUUGUAGUAGGCAACGGGGAAUCAGCGCAAAUGGUAGAAAGGCAUUGUUCCUUGUGGACGACCAGUCUUAGCAUCUGUUGCCAGUGCUGAUGGGUCCGGUCUCCAGCUGAAAAAUCUGGCAAGUUGUGUAUUCAAGCGGGAAGCGAAAAGGUCUUUGUCCAUAGGGCCCCAUAAGGACUGGAUGUCCUGGAAGACCCUGGGGUCCAGAUGCCAGUCGCUGGGGUCCCUGAGGUGUUGUCAGUACCAAUCUGCCGUUGUGUUCCAGAGACCCGGGAUAUAUUCCACCAUGACAGAGAUGCCGUGUGUCAGGCAGAAUUGCCAAAAAUCGCGUGCCAUGUUUGCCAGGACCUUCGAUUUCGUGCCCCCUAGGUGGCUGAUAUAUUGGACAGCUGAUAAAUUGUCCAUCUUCAGAAGGAUAGAGCACUGGGCUUGUGUUGGCGAGAAACUGCGGAUUGCAAAGGAUCCGGCCAGGAGUUCCAAGCAAUUGAUGUGGAGGGAUGAUUCCACGUCGGACCAUCUGCCACCUGUAGAUACAUUUCCACAGCGAGCACCCCAACCGUGCAAGCUUGCGUCGGAUUCUAUUAUUAGAUCUGGUGCGGUGCCGAAAAUGGCGCUACCAUUCCAGGCUUCCAUAUGGAAGAGCCACAAUUUCAGUUCGUCUUUCGCUUCCGAGUUCAGAGUGAUCAUGUCUGUGUAGGAGACCCCGUCCUUCAAGAGGGAGACUUGUAGGCAUUUUAAAGCUCUAUAGUGGAUCACUGGGCGGACACCACCGCCUUUGUUGGCAACCAGGAAUAGGUUGCUCACAUAGCCCGGUGUGGCCAGAGGGAUUUCUGAGAUGGCUUGUUUGUGUUCCAAAUCCAGGACCUCCUUGGUGACAAGUGUUGCAUCUUGUUGGGAACAAAUAAUUUCCUGCGGUGGGGAAUAUUGUAUUGGUAGGGACAGGAAAUCUAUGACAUACCCUUUUCCAGUGUUCAAUACCCAAGCAUCUGAUGAAAUGUGGGACCAUACAUGGGAAAAAAUGUAGGAGUCUGCCCCCCAUUGCCCAUACGGAAGAAUGAAAAUUGAGAGGACUUACCAUAAGGUCGUCGUCCUGAGUGAGCGCUUCAUGGUCCACGAGCAACCCAUGGCCGCCCACGCUGUGGGAAGAAAGCUGGAGUGUAUUCCGUGAAACUAGCUCGUCCUGUAUAGGAGCCUCGGUUCUGUCUAAAUUAACUCCUGUUAACACGACCGGACAGACGGCUCCUGGUUCGUCCGGCCCCUCCAAAAUCCUUAGGGUGAAACACCUUGCGCAUGUUUGAUUGGGCUUUGUCUAGUGCAGUAAAUGUAUGUACUCUUUGACAAAACUGUCUCUGAAUAGGAGACAUUUGGCUUGGGUGCACGGUUUGUUCAGAGCCAUAUUUACCAGCUUAAGUUCUAUUUUUAAUAGUAUUGAUUUGCGACGCUCCUGACCGUUGCGCAGGGAAAAGUCUAAGCCUUUAUUAGGCUGCCAGCCUGUCUUUCCCAAGAAUUGGAUAAUUUUCGGGUCAACUGCAGGUGUUCUGCAGGCAUCAUCUGGGACUGUGGGGCGUGGGCAUUCUGCCCGUAGUUUAUUCCACGUCGCCUUAUCUAAAGGCUUGCGUACUGUUGAUGCUAUAUACCUGGCCACAUGGUCCGAGGGGGACCAUUCCGCUGACCGUGGGUGACACAGUUCAUCGGGGUCGAAUAGGGGUUCCCCAUGGUGGGCCAAAACUUUAUCUGUGUCCCCUGGGGCCUUAUGCUCCAUGUUAUGUUUAUAGGAUUGAAGUAAAUUACAGUCUCGGGAGGGAUCGUAUUCCUCGUAUCCUCCGAAUCCAUAUAGGCCUCCUCCUCAAUAUCGCUGAGAUCCGACUCAGAAUCUAGUUGGGCUUUUGCCCUUUUCCAUAAUCUAGACUAUUUUUGCCCGGCUAGUGGCUCUUUUGCGCGGUGGCAGAUUAGUCGCGCCAUCUGUGACAGGUGUAUAGCUGUCCAUCUGUGACAUUGAGGAGUGUUUUACCUUAGCCAAGGCCUAGCGGCCAGCGUGAGGUUGCAUAGGGGUUGUGACAGGCAAAACCUAGGCAACAGUCUGCUGAGCAGAUUUCUGAAUCAAGGCAUGGGUAAAUGUCUGUGAUAGUGAGUCAGACAUCAAUCCCAUGGCCAACAUAAGGACUUUAGUCAUGGCCUGUGACAUAGUGUUGUCCAUCAGUCUGCAUAUCAGCAGAGGUGUCAAACUCAGCGGGAGAACCCGCUCCAUCGUCUCACACCUGAAGGUGUCUUAAAACCACCUUGUUUGGGGAUAUUAGACACAGAGGGUGUGGGAGCAUCUUUGUCAGAAGGCAUAGUGGCUAUGCUAUUAAACUGACAGGCGUAAUAAAGUAUUAUGAGAAUAAUAAACCUAGAGAGGAGGGCUGAUUAACCCAAAAAAGGGGUUAUGUAAUGGGAUAAGCAAAAUUACUCACGAUAUAAUGCAGUAAUAUCAGGAGAGACGGAGAGCCAUCCGACCGCCACUAAAACGAAACCCCAACCCCAACUCAGAGUUCCGGCCGUUGGGGGGCAGUACUAGAUUUAGAACGCGGGAAAGGCAAUAAAAUGGCUGCCGCGUGCGGCAAAAUCCCCAAGCGGGGAGAGCAGAAGAGUUCGUGUAGAGGAACGCCAGGUUACAAGUGCGUACGCGGUAAAACAUCAGAACAUAAAGGGUCGAAUGAGGCAACCUAAGCGUUCAAAUGAAAUUAGACGAACAGGUACACUGAAGAAAGUGCACGUCUGAAUUCAGUAGAACGGCGAUCGGACAGAUAACGGGUAAAAAGGCGCGAAAGUGCCGUGACAGGGCACCAGCAGUUCCUGCAGACGUGUCCGAGCCCUGUUAAUUGUACUGGGCUCAGGGGGUCAAGGGUACCAAGGAAGAGGAGAAUAUCACAGCAAAGACAAUAGACUAGUAAUGUUAUAGAACUGUUAACUGACAGGAUGGAAGUCCAUGAAUGAAACAAAACUAGAAUACUAAUGAUAUAUUAAAUAGGAAUAAUUAUUUAACUAAUAAUUAAAUAAUAGUUACACUAAUAAUUACAGUAAUAAUACAUAUAAAAGAUGAUCCCACAGUUAAGAAACAGUGGGACCUGAUGUUACUUAACUGAGGGAGCAGCAAAGAAAGAGGAAACAGAUUGCUUGACAGAGCCUAUUAUGCUGGAGAGUGGAAUCCGAUUGGCUGUCCUGUUGCUAGGAGGAUGUACCACUCAGACUACUUACUGUUCUAUACUGGUUAUGUUUAAAAAAAUAAAUAAAAUAAAUAAAAAUAAAAAUAAUUAAAGAGUGCAGCAUAAUAGGAGCCUCCAUGUCUUAAUAAAAUGCAGGGAUAUCAUGGUUAAUUUAGAGGCAUAAACUUGACACAUCAUGGCAAUCCGUUUUGGAGACAUACAAUUAGUUACUCGCAGAGUCAGAAGCGCCGUGUACUUCUUUCAUCCAGGCACCUCAUGUUGAGUAUCCCAGUGGUAGAUAUCGGUCAGAGAACUCCAACAAUGCUAUGCCAACUGGGGAUCUACCAUUUGCCCACCUAUGCAGGGUUUGUCCGCAGUGUUUGAAUGUAAGCAUGGUUUUUGUAUAAAGUACAUGUGUGGAUGUAUGGGCGUAUUUAUAUGUACUGUUGCCAUUGGAAUGUAGUGUUUGCAUCUGAAUGCAGGGGUUUUUGUAUGUAGUGAUACAUUUUAAAUACAGGUGUGCAAAUGUGUGUAGUGUUGGUGUUUGAAGGGGUGUUUCUAUAUAAUUUUAGUGUUUUAAUACAGGGGUGUGUUGUUGCGUUUGUCUGCAUGUGUAGUGGAUGCUUUGUGUGUGUGUGUGUGUGUAAUUAAAAAUGUUUUUUUUUUUUUACAUAAUUAAGUACUGUCCCAGUCUGAGAUAAUCAGUGUAUAAAACAAUUCCUACUAGGCGCUACUCUUGAUUAACCUGUUGGCCAACAUACAAAUGGAUCUGAAACAAUAUGGAUGUUUAUAUCAUAGAUGGCUGAUGUUCUGUUAUUUUACCCUUGACAGUCUUGACAGGCUAUAGUGCAUGUGUUUCAAAAUACUGUGCCAAUCAAAUGCUUUAUAGGAGAGUCCUUUUGAUCAAUAACAAUUUAAUGCGAUUAUAGCUGCUAGAGUCACCCCUCCCCCCCCUUCUUGACAGCCACUUGAGGCAUGUUAGCCCUGAAAUAAAACAUUGCAAUUCUUGCAAAACCACAGUAAUUUUAGGUGCAACAUUAAAAAGACCAGGACAUGACACCCAUACCACUUCAUUGAGAUUUUAAAGGACACUUGUCAUGCCCCAAGUAACUUUGCUCAUUCAAAUGAGCAUACAAUUUUAUCUAUACAUUGUGCUAGAGUUUUGCUAGCAAAUGUACAGAUUAGAAGAAAAACCUAUUUGCCCUGAAUCUGGUUGUCUCAAGCAGUACAAAUAAAAGAAGACUUCUGGAGGAGCUGAGGAUGGCCAGGAGGUGGUUGUUACACAAAGAGUAACACCUAUGAAGAAACAUUGGAACAGAGGAAAGAUGAAUACAUUUCUAUAUUUUACAUUAAAUACACUAUGUAUCUUGAUGAUAUAUAGGAGCGAUUUCAGGUAAGUGAAAUUUUUAUUAUAGGUUUAGUUUAUGUGGUUUGGGUGCCUAGAGUACCUUUAUUAUUUUCAUUGAAAUAGCAACUACCCGUUGCACAUAGAAAAGAGAAUGCAGGUAAACGGUCACCAUUUCUUUUCCGCUUUGUUUAUUUGAUUUUCUGGCCCAUUUCCUAGCUCCUGUAAUAUUGAUGCUGAUCAUAAAUAUGUUGUGUCUAGUAUUUUCUGUUUAAUUAUGCUUAAUUACUUCUGAAAGUGUAUUGGGUGCCAGAUAGCUUCACCACAAACCUUGUGCUUAUGGGUGGAGGAGCAAGGGUAGAUUUAUCUCCCACAUCCCUUGGCACAGAGGUUUUGGCAUACUUUCUUGGCUACACUGACUUGGAUUAGAAGAAAUAUCAUGUUUUGACAGAAUUUCAAGUUCUUUAGAAUACAUAACUGUAAAGUGCCAAGUGGUGAAUAUCUGCAGAUAUGCAGAAAAGAAUUUCUGACGUGAUGUAAAAAGUGCUGGCGCUCCCCUCGUCUCUCUUGUGCUUUAAGACAAAAGGUAGCCAAAAAGCUAUUCCCUUGCUGUUAAAGAAACAUAACUUUAUGUUAUUGCUGUCCUGCCAGUUUAUUGUCUGGGUGUUUUUUUUUUUUUUUUGUUCUUAACAGCUAGUAAUUUACCUCUUUGUUUUGGCCUCUCCUCUUUUUAAACAACUGUUUUGUUUUGUCCUAAUUUUUCGUUUUAUGUAAAUCUGUCAUGCAUACCUUUUGUAUAGUGUGAUGACUUUCUUCAAAUGGAUCCUGUAAGCUAAAAUUUUUUAACCUAAAUGAAGUGGUUUUGAUGUAUAGAUCAUGCUCAUCUUGUCUCACUGCUAAAAAAUGUGGCUCAGACUCCCCACCAGUCCUGGUUCCAAAGGACUGUCAUGAUUUGAGGGUUUUGUCCUGCAAUAAUUUAGUUCUUUGCUGUUUUUGCAUCCAGGUACACCAGGGAACUGUCCUCAAACAGCACCAAGUGAGCAAAUGAUGACACGCUUGCACUGUGCAUGGGCACAAGGACCUGGCAGAGAGCAGGGCGGGGGGCUUGGGGAGACAGCAGCGUGUUCCAUUUCUUGGUGAUACGACUAAUUACGGGCAUUGCAUCACUGGUGAUGCUCCCCCUUGUUCUGUCCAUUAGCCCUGAGCUCUUAACUCCUAAAGUUGGGAGAUAUGCUGAUUCCCAAGUUGAUUCCCUCACUUUUAAUACAUCAGACCACUUUUUAAAACUUUUUUUUUUUUAAAGAAAUAACCCCAAUGUGAAACCAGAAACUCCUGCGAGGCCUUCAGUACAAUUAUGGUUAAUUGACUGAGAGCUUCAGCUCCGUUAAACUUUAGGCAGCAUAGGAUAAGGUGACAGGUGAAUAGCUGACCCUAGGUAAGUUGUCAAAACAUUAUCAAGUGGUUUGACGUGUUAAUAAAAUAUACAAGUGGCAUUGCAAAAUAAAGUACCCAGCUUGACUAAACUAUAUAGGUACAGAUAAGGCUGUUUCCACUCCUACACAACUUGAAUUGAACUACAACUCAUUUAGGCCCCUGAUAUGCUGAGAAAGAUGUGCAUGGAUUUAUGGUGUAAGCUGAAUGCUAUAAGUUAUGAGCACUUUACAAUUGGCUUACACAAUACCUGGUCUAAAUGAAUUAGAUUACACUUAUAGAUCUGCACACACAUAUACGCCUAAAUAAACCUAAGUAUUGAAAAGCGCAUGACUACACAUUUUUAUUAGAUCUGCAUAUCAUUAGAGUUUAUGGUUUCAUAUGAUAGAAUGGUGAGAUAAUGAUGGGAAAGGAGGUUCAUGUAAAACACUGGUAGUGGGACUGAAAAUACAAAUCAACCUCUAUUCUUGUGGUUAAAUGAAAUUAAUCAUUUUGGGAUGAAAAGUGUGCAUUGUUCACUCUCCCCUUGGGCAUUUCUGAAAUUCCAUCUGAGCACUCUGAUUUAUACACCCUUGAUUGAGUGGUCAGGCUGGGUAAAAUGGUGUCCCACAUGAGUGCAGUAAGAUUUAUUUUUAUUUGUGAUGUUUAAUGAAGUGUCUGUACAUAUUUAUUCUGCCACUUAAUUGCAUUGUUUUCCCUAAUUUAGCAACCUAAGUUACAUUUAAUCACAUAUACUGUAUUGCUGGAUGUGCAGGAGCAUGAUCCUUUAUAGGGACACUAUACGCAUCAAUACAACAUUGACUUAGUGGUUUUGGUGUAUAGACCAAGCCCUACUCAAUUCUCUCCCAUUUAGAAAUUGAUUUACUUUGUUUAUGCAGCCCUUGCCACACCUUCCCUGCAUGUGACGGACAAAUGUCCUGUAAAGAGAGAUCUAAUUAUUAAAUUUUCUUUAUUGCACAGUCUGUUUUAAUUUGUUAUUCAUUCUUAUUCACUGCUCUGUUAACCCCUUAAGGACACAGCUUCAGAAGCUUGUCUUACCCUUAAAGGGACACUGUAGGCGCACUGUAUCUGCUUCAUUUCAUUAAACUGAUUAGUGUCCAGAGUUCCCAAGUUCCAUAAUUUCAUUCAGCAUUAAACAGUUUUUUUCAUAUUUUUUUUGUUUCAAUGCUAAAUUAGAGUCCCCAGCAGCCCCUCCCCUCUGUGCUGCUUCGACGAAUGAGGAAGUACUAGCAUGAUCAGCAAUGGGCAGCUAUGAUUGGCUGAGAGUGUCAGCUGCCUGUUUUUAGCCUAUCAGAGCUCCAACUAACGGUAUGAAGGGUAUGACUUCAAGGAAGUGUGUAAUCUCUGCCUUGGCCACACCUCCAGAAGAGGCCAGACUGUGGGUGGUCUUGAUCCCUUAUUUAGUGUUAAACUGCUCUAAAAUGGUUUAACAUAGUAUGGAGAUACAGUGCCAGGAGAUUCCAGGCAUCAGAACCAAUUCAAAGCGAUGAAAUGAUUAUAGUGAGUACAGUGUCCGUUUAAGGACACAAGCCAUUUUUGCAUUUUUUGCUGUUUGUGUUCGAACGCAAUUUGCAUCUGUCAUUUAUUGCACCAACACAUAUUGUAUCCUUUUUUUUUUUUUUUUUUUUAAGAGGGCAAACAGGGCUUUAAUUUGAUGUCACAUAUACAUAGAUACUCUCAUUAAUUAAUUAUAAAAAAAUAACUAGUGUGUGCAUAGUAUGUCCAGCUUAGAAAAAGUAAUUCAAAAUAAAUUCAUUUGUGUCUUUAUUUAUAGAGUACAUAAUAUGUAUAUGAUUUCAGCUUAUUUUGAAAGUUGCCACACAAGUAUAUAUUUAUGUAAAGUAGACAUCACAGGCUAUCUACCUAAGGUUAGUUUGACACUUGUUUUACGUAGCCAUUUCAUCGCCAAUCUCUGCUAAAUAUUGGUGUAAAAUUGUGUGGUUUUUUUCUCUAUUUUGGCAUAUACACAUAUAACAAGAUUUUUAUAAUGUGUAUUUCACAAAGCUGAUGUUUGCUAUUCCUGCACAGAACCCCAUAUUGUGUUCAGCUGAGUAUGACGAUACCCCCAUUAUAUGCCUUUGGCACUAUUCUGUAAAGCUACAAUGCCAUAUAAGAGACCAGGCUAUUUCAGUUUCUAUAGUUAGAAUUUUCGUAGAUGGAUUUGACGGGCCUAUCUCUCAUUUUAGGGUAUUACAGUAGUGUGUUCAAAUAACCCCACAAAGGGCUUUCCUUUGAUAAAGCAGACACCCCAGGGUAUCUUAUAUGGUGUAUAUUGUGCCUUAACUUGUCACCAUUUUUUUCAGCAAAUUAAUGUCAAUGUUUGUGGUGAGGGGAAAGAGAAAUUGCAUUUUUACAUGUAUGUUGCCUUUUUGCUGAGCAUUUUACACUUGAUUUGUACCACUGUCAUAAAAUCCCUCAAAUUAUGCUCCAUAAAGGCAUACCAUUUCUUAAAGAAGACAUCCCAGGGUAUUUCAAAAGGCAUAUUUUGAACCUUAGCAUGGGAUAAUUUUUCCGCUAGCUUGUACCAAAUGUAGUGGUAAUAAGCAUUUUUUUUUCUGCCUUUUUGACACACAAAUUGAGUUUGUGCAGUAUAUUUCGCAAACCUUAUGUGUGUUACGACUGUAUAAUACUACAUAUGUUGCUCAGCUAUGUCAUCGGAGUACAGCAAUACCCCCGUAUGUACCUUUGCCAGGUAUAUGUGGAUGUUGAAGGGGCACAUUUUAGAUGCAGCCAUUCAGUUUUUCUUCUAACUUUGAAGUUUUAUGCUAUGUCCAUGUUCCAUUUUGGAGUAGUUUAGCUGGUUGGUUAUUCAAACUUCCCCACAAACACAUACUAUUUAUUAAAGAAUACACCCUGGGGUAAUUCAAAAGGCUUAUUUUGAACCACACACACACACACACACACACACAGACACACACGCAGGCAGGCAGUCACAGACACACGCACGCAGGCAGUCACAGACACACGCACGCAGGCAGUCACAGACGCACGCACGCACGCAGGCAGUCACAGACACGCACGCACGCAGGCAGUCACAGACACACGCACGCAGGCAGGCAGUCACAGACACACGCACGCAGGCAGGCAGUCACAGACGCACGCACGCAGGCAGUCACAGACACAGACGACGCACCAGGCAGUCACAGACACAGACGCACGCACGCAGGCAGUCACAGACACAGACGCACGCACGCAGGCAGUCACAGCCACAGACGCACGCGACGGCGUAGGCAGUCACAGACGCGACGCGACGCAGGCAGUCACAGACGCACGCACGCAGGCAGUCACAGACACAGACGCACGCAGGCAGUCACUCACAGACACAUACGCACGCAGGCAGUCAGUCAGAGACACAUACGCACGCAGGCAGUCAGUCAGAGACACAUACGCACGCAGGCAGUCAGUCAGAGACACAUACGCACGCAGGCAGGCAGUCAGAGACACAUACGCACGCAGGCAGGCAGUCAGACACAUACGCGACGCAGGCAGGCAGUCAGACACACAUACGCACGCAGGCAGGCAGUCAGAGACACAUAAUGCAAGACGCAGGCAGGCAGUCAGAGACACAUACGCGACGCAGGCAGGCAGGCAGCUAUAUCACACGACGCAGGCAGGCAGGCAGCUCACAGACACAUACGCGCGCAGGCAGGCAGUCACAGACACAUACGCGCGCAGGCAGGCAGUCACAGACACAUGCGCGCGCAGGCAGGCAGUCACAGACACAUACGCGCGCAGGCAGGCAGUCACAGACACAUGCGCAGGCAGGCAGUCACAGACACAUGCGCGCGCAGGCAGUCACAGACACAUGCGCAGGCAGGCAGUCACAGACACAUGCGCGCGCAGGCAGUCACAGACACAUGCGCGCGCAGGCAGUCACAGACACAUGCGCGCGCAGGCAGUCACAGACACAUGCGCGCGCAGGCAGUCACAGACACAUGCGCGCGCAGGCAGGCAGUCACAGACACAUGCGCGCGCAGGCAGGCAGUCACAGACACAUGCGCGCGCAGGCAGGCAGUCACAGACACAUGCGCACGCAGGCAGGCAGUCACAGACACAUGCGCACGCAGGCAGGCAGGCAGUCACAGACACAUGCGCACGCAGGCAGGCAGGCAGUCACAGACACAUGCGCGCGCAGGCAGGCAGUCACAGACACAUGCGCGCGCAGGCAGGCAGUCACAGACACAUGCGCACGCAGGCAGGCAGUCACAGACACAUGCGCACGCAGGCAGGCAGGCAGUCACAGACACAUGCGCACGCAGGCAGGCAGGCAGUCACAGACAUUACGCGCUAUCGCAGGUGUCAUACAUUGCCGCGCGCGACGCGAGGCAGUCACAGACAUUACGCGCACGCAGGCAUCACAGCAUUACUACGCGCACGCAUCGGCAGCUCAGCGACACAUACGCGACGCACGCAGGUGCAGUCAUUAGCACACAUACGCACGCGACGCAGGCAGCCUUCGCCAGACACAUACGCACGCACGCAGGCAGCAGUCGUAGACACAUACGCACGCACGCAGGCAGGCAGUCAUAGACACAUACGCGACGCACGCAGGCAGGCAGUCAUAGACACAUACGCACGCACGCAGGCAGGCAGUCAUAGACACAUACGCACGCACGCAGGCAGGCAGUCAUAGACACAUACGCACGCACGCAGGCAGGCAGUCAUUUAUUUACAGAUUAAACGAUUUAUUUAACCAAUCAUUGUUAACCGGAGUAGUCCCAGAAGAUUGGAAGCUAGCGAAUGUUGUGCCCAUUUACAAGAAAGGUAAUAGGGAGGAGUCGGGCAACUAUAGGCCAGUAAACCUUACUUCAGUAGUGGGGAAAGUGAUGGAAACCAUGUUAAAGGAUAGGAUUAAUGAACAUCUAAAACACAUGGAUUUCAAGAUCAGAGACAACAUGGGUUUACUUCAGGGAGAUCUUGCCAAACUAAUCUUAUUCAUUUUUUUGAUUGGGUAACUAAAAUUAUAGAUCAGGGUGGUGCAGUAGACAUUGCUUACCUAGAUUUCAGUAAGGCUUUUAAGACACUGUUGCACAUAGAAGGCUUAUCAAUAAAUGGCAAUCCUUUUUAAGUUUGGAUUCAAAUAUUGUUGAAUGGGUAAGGCAGUGGCUGAGUGACAGGCAACAGAGGGUUGUAGGUAAUGGAAUAUAUUCGAAGCCUGGACUUGUCACCAGUGGGGUACCUCAGGGAUCUGUACUUGGACCCAUUCUCUUUAAUAUUUUUAUUAGUGAUAUUGCAGAAGGUCUUGAUGGUAAGGUAUGUAUUUUUGCUGAUGAUACUAAGAUAUGUAACAGGGUUGAUAUUCCAGGAGGGAUAAGCCAAAUGGCAAAUGAUUUAGGUAAACUAAACAGAAUUGUGGCAACUGACAUUUAAUGUGGAUAAGUGCAAGAUAAUGCAUUUUGGACGUAAAAACCCAAGGGCAGAGUACAGAAUAUUUGAUAGAGUUCUAACCUCAACAUAUGAGGAAAGGGAUUUAGGGGUGAUUAUUUCUGAUGACUUAAAGGUAGGCAGACAAUGUAAUAGAGCAGCAGGAAAUGCUAGCAGAAUGCUUGGUUGUAUAGGGAGAGGUAUUAGCAGUAGAAAGAAGGAAGUGCUCAUGCCAUUGUACAGAACACUAGUGAGACCUCACUUGGAGUAUUGUACACAGUACUGGAGACCGUAUCUUCAGAAGGAUAUUGAUACCUUGGAGAGGGUUCAGAGAAGGGCUACUAAACUGGUUCAUGGAUUGUGGGAUAAAACUUACCAGGAAUGGUUAAAGGAUCUUAACAUGUAUAGCUUGGAGGAAAGACUGUGAUUAGAUAAAUAUAAAUCUGUAAAUACAUAAAAAAAUUAAAUAGAGUGAAAUUACACUUUUUUUUUAAUUUUUAUUAAUUUUAAAAUACACGUAGAACGAAAAAAAAAAUAUAUAUAUAUAUAUAUAUAUAUAUAUAUAUAUAUAUAUAUAUAUAUAUAUAUAUAUAUAUAAUUUAUUUAUUUAUUUAUUUAUUUAUAUUAUGUGUGGAAAAGAGUAAUCCAGGAUGCACUCACAGGUCUUUAUGCUGGUGAAAUGAUGCUUUAUUAAUGAAGGAAGUACAUACAGAAAUUGAUCGACGUUUCGACCUUGCUGGGUCUUUGUCAAGAUCUUGAAAAAGACCCGGCAGGGUUGAAAUGUUGAUCAAUAUAUUUUGGACGCAUUUGUAUUUGCACCAAGGCAAGAUUUGUUUUUAUCUGCAUAAGGAGAAUGCCAAGCUGUAUGUAUGUGUGUGUGUAAUAUGUGUGUGUGUAUGUAUAUAUAUAUAUGUGUAUGUAUGUAUGUAUAUGUGUAUGUGUGUGUGUGUGUGUGUGUGUGUGUGUAUGUAUGUAUGUAUGUAUGUAUGUGUGUGUAUAUAUUAUAUGUAAUAUUUUAAAUAAUUAGGUCAUUUUUAAUUACAAUUAGCGGGACCUGCCUGACAACCCAGGCCAAAAGACCAGGGAAUUUAAUUUGCUAGCACUAUAUUUAACCCUGUAACUUUCCAAGACACCAUAAAACCUGUACAUGGGGGGUACUUUUUUUUUACUCGAAGAAUUUGCUGAACACAAAUAUUAGUGUUUCAAAACAGUAAAAUGUAUUACAACGAUCUUGUCAGUGAAAGUGAAAUUUUUUGCAUUUUUCACACACAAAUGGUACUUACACUGACGAUAUUGUUGUGAUACGUUUUACUGUUUUGAAACACUAAUAUUUGUGUUCAGCGUAGUCUCCCGGGUAUAACAGUACCCCUCAUGUACAGGAUUUAUGGUGUUUUCAAAAGUUACUGAGUCAAAUUAUAAGGCUUGCAUUUCAGUUUUUCACAUUGAAAUUCGCUAGGUUGGUCAUGUUGCCUUUGAGACCGUACAGUAGCCCAGGAAUGAAAAUUACUCCCAUGAUGGCAUACCAUUUUCAAUAGUAGGAACCUAAGGUAUUGCAAGUGGGGUAUGUCCAGUCUUUUUUAGUAGCUACUUAGUCACAAACACUGGUCAAAAUUGGCAUUCAAAUUAGUUUUUUGCAUUUUCAAAUAUUAACACUAACUUUGGCCAGUGUUUGUGACCAAAUGGCUACUAAAAAAGACUGGACGUACCCCAUUUGCAAUACCUUGAGUUGUCUACUAUUUCAAAUGGUAUGCCAUUAUGGGUGUAAAUUUCAUUCCUGGGCUACUAUACAGUCUCAAAGGCAACAUAACCUAUCUGGCGAAUUUCAAUUUCAAAUGUAACGUGUUAUAUUUGACCCUGUAAUUUCCCAAAACGCCAUAAAACCUGUACAUAGGGGGUACUGUCUUACACGUGAGACUUUGCUGAAUACAAAUAUGUGUAUUUUAUUGCAGUAAAAGCAAACAGUAUUAUGACAUUGACAGUUAAAAUGUCAUGUAGAACUAAAAAAAAUCAAAUCUUUUCUCCCAUUUUUUCAUAUUAAAUUAUGUUUCAUAGCUAAAUAUUUGAUAUUAAAUGAAAGCCCUGUUUCCCCUGAAUAAAAUUAUAUAUAAUAAGGGUGGGUGUAUUUAAUAUGAAAGAGGUGAAUUACUGUUGGACAGACAUGUAGCGCAAAUGCCAGGUUUUGUUUAUUUUGUUUCGUUCACAACGUGUACAUUAAGAGUGCAUAGCAAGAUGUGCUUUAAUUGGAAAAGCAAAAUUUGUUUGGGUCUUUUCCAAAACCAAAGUACAAAUGUGCCUUUAAAAUAUAAUGUGCUGAAACACCCAUCUACCAAUAAAUAUUGUAGUGACCUUAUCAAACACCUUGCAACAACACAGCACGUGUUUCACCCUCUGAUCUCCCCCUGAGGUUUGCAUUUAAGGCAUAAGUCAUUGUAUCUAAUAUUUAAAAAUAAAAAAAUUAAAAAAAAAUUACUUCGGGUAUAUGGUAGAUAAACACUUGUAAAAGCUGCAGAUCUAGAGCCUUUGCAAGCUCCCUCCUUUAUUACCCAACAGGAUGGAUUGUUUUGAAUCAAACUGAUUUAACUUAACCCCUCCAGGACGGAGUCAAUAGUACACGUUAUGAUCAAAACAAAAUGUAAACAAAAACUGGAAUUCGCGUUAUGUCUGUCCAACCGUAAUUCACCUCUUUCAUAUUAAGUGCACCCACACUUAUUAUAUAUCAUUUUAUUCAGGGGAAACGGGGCUUUAAUUUGAAACAUAAUUUAUUAUGAAUAAAAUAAAAACUGAGAAAUUAAUUUUUAUUUUAUUUUUUUUGAAUCAUUUGGAGUUCUGCCUGACAUUUUAGCUGUAAAUGUUAGAAACAUAGAAACAUAGAAUGUGACGGCAGAUAAGAACCAUUCGGCCCAUCUAGUCUGCCCAGUUUUCUAAAUACUUUCAUUAGUCCCUAGUCUUAUCUUAUAGUUAGGAUAGCCUUAUGCCUAUCCCACGCAUGCUUAAACUCCUUUACUGUGUUAACCUCUACCACUUCAGCUGGAAGGCUAUUCCAUGCAUCCACUACCCUCUCAGUAAAGUAAUACUUCCUGAUAUUAUUUUUAAACCUUUGUCCCUUUAAUUUAAGACUAUGUCCUCUUGUUGUGGUAGUUUUUCUUCUUUUAAAUAUAGUCUCCUCCUUUACUGUGUUGAUUCCUUUUAUAUAUUUAAAUGUUUCUAUCAUAUCCUCCCUGUCUCGUCUUUCCUCCAAGCUAUACAUGUUAAGAUCCUUUAACCUUUCCUGGUAAGUUUUAGCCCGCAAUCCAUGAACCAGUUUAGUAGCCCUUCUCUGAACCCUCUCUAAGGUAUCAAUAUCCUUCUGAAGAUACGGUCUCCAGUACUGUGUACAAUACUCCAAGUGAGGUCUCACCAGUGUUCUGCACAAUGGCAUGAGCACUUCCCUUUUUCUACUGCUAAUACCUCUCCCUAUACAACCAAGCAUUCUGAUAGCAUUUCCUGCUGCUCUAUUACAUUUUCUGCCUACCUUUAAGUCAUCAGAAAUAAUCACCCCUAAAUCCCUUUCCUCAUAUGUUGAGGUUAGGACUCUAUCAAAUAUUCUGUACUCUGCCCUUGGGUUUUUACGUCCAAGAUGCAUUAUCUUGCACUUAUCCACAUUAAAUGUCAGUUGCUACAAUUCUGACCAUUUUUCUAGUUUACCUAAAUCAUUUGUCAUUUGGCUUAUCCUUCCUGGGACAUCAACCCUGUUACAUAUCUUAGUAUCAUCAGCAAAAAGACAUACCUUACCAUCAAGACCUUCUGCAAUAUCACUAAUAAAAAUAUUAAAGAGAAUGGGUCAAGUACAGAUCCCUGAGGUACCCCACUAGUGACAAGUCCAAGCUUCGAAUAUAUUCCAUUAACUACAACCCUCUGUUGCCUGUCACUCAGCCACUGCCUUACCCAUUCAACAAUAUUUGAAUCCAAACAUAAAUAUUGCAGUUUAUUGAUAAGCCUUCUAUGUGCAACAGUGUCAAAAGCCUUACUGAAAUCUAGGUAAGCAAUGUCUACUGCACCACCCUGAUCUAUAAUUUUAGUUACCCAAUCAAAAAAAUUAAUAAGAUUAGUUUGGCAUGAUCUCCCUGAAGUAAACCCAUGUUGUCUCUGAUCUUGAAAUCCAUGUGUUUUUAGAUGUUCAUCAAUCCUAUCCUUUAACAUGGUUUCCAUCACUUUCCCCACUACUGAAGUAAGGCUUACUGGCCUAUAGUUGCCCGACUCCUCCCUAUUACCUUUCUUGUAAAUGGGCACAACAUUCGCUAACUUCCAAUCUUCUGGGACUACUCCUGUUAACAAUGAUUGGUUAAAUAAAUCUGUUAAUGGUUUUGCUAGUACACCACUAAGCUCUUUUAAUAGCUUUGGGUGUAUUCCAUCAGGUCCCAUUGACUUAUUUGUCUUUACUUUUGACAGUUGAAAUAGAACCUCUUCCUCUGUAAACUCACGUAUAAUAAAUGACUCAUUUAUCCUUUUACUCAACUAAGGUCCCUUUCCUUCAUUUUCAUCUGUAAAUACAGAACAAAAAUAUUCAUUGAGUCAGUCAGCUAGACCUUUAUCCUCUUCUACAUACCUUCCUUAUUUUGUUUUUAAUCUAACUAAUCCUUGUUUUACUUUUCUUUUCUCAUUUAUGUAUCUAAAAAAUGUUUUAUCCCCCUUUUUUACUGACUGUGCUAUUUUCUCUUCUGUGUGUGAUUUGGAAGAUCUUAUAACUUGCUUAGCCUCUUUCUGCCUAAUCUUAUAGAUCAUUUUGUCUUCCUCACUCUGGGUUUUUUUUUAUAAUUCCUAAAUGCUAACUUUUAGUUUUUAACUAUUUUGGCCACAUCUGCGGAGUACCACAGUGGUUUCUUGAUUUUUUUUUGCUUUUACCGACAAGCCUAAUGCAAUUUUCUGUUGCCUUCAAUAGUGCAACUUUUAAAUAAUCCCAUGUCUCUUGGACUCCAUUUAAAUUGCUCCAGUCUGAUAAUGACUCCUCUACCCAUAUUCUAAUUUUAGAAAAGUCUGUUUUUCUAAAGUCUAAAACUUUUGUUUUUGUGUGGUGUGACUCAGUCACUGUUCUUAUAUUAAACCACACUGACUGACUGAUCACUGGAUCCUAAACUUUCACCUACAGUAACAUCUGAUACCAAAUCUCCAUUUGUUUACACUAAAUCUAGUAUGGCCUCUUUACGAGUUGGCUCCUCAACAACUUGUUUUAGAGACAAUCCCAGUAGGGAGUUUAGAAUAUGUGUGCUCCUGGCACAAGUAGCUAAUUUUGUUUUCCAAUUUACAUCAGGAAGAUUAAAGUCACCCAUGAUGAUAACUUCCCCCUUCAUUGUCAUUUUAGCUAUUUCCUCAACUAGUAGAUUAUCUAACUCUUCAAUUUGUCCUGGGGGCCUAUAAAUCACACCUACACGAGUUACUGUGUGAUUACCAAGUUCUAACGUAGCCCAAAUGGACUCUGUUUGCCUCUCUAACUUUUAUUAGGCUAGAUUUGAUGCUAUCCUUCACAUACAAGGCCACCCCUCCCCCUUUCUUGCCUUCUCUAUCUUUCCUAUAUAAAGAGUACCCUGGUAUUGCUAUGUCCCAGUCAUUUUUCUCAUUGUACCAUGUCUCAGUAACAGCGACUAAAUCUACACUAUCAGUUGCCAUUAUUGCCACAAGUUCAUGGAUCUUAUUCCCUAAACUGCGAGCAUUUGUAGACAUGACUCUAAGCUUAUCAUUUUUUAACACACUUGCUACAGGCACCUUCUGUCCUUCUUUUGGGGGACAAUUGGAUUGAUGUUUUAUCACCCUUUUGCCCCCCCCUCCUAGUUUAAAUACAUCCUAGCAAAACCUCUGAACUGCUCACUGAGAACAUUUGUUCCCUUUUGAGAAAGAUGCAAACCAUCUUUUUUGUACAGCUUAUCUCCAUUCCAAACAGAGCUACCAUGAGAAAUAAAGCCAAAUCCUUGCUCCCGACACCAUUCACCAAGCCACAAAUUAAAGUCCCUAAUACGCAUCCGCCUGUCGUUCUGAGUGUUAUGCACAGGCAGAACUUCAGAGAAUGACAGUGUGGAAGCAACCUGCCGUAUAUCAUUGGCAAAAACACUAAAAACUUCCUUAACCUCUGAAACCUCAUUGCAAGCCAAGUCAUUUGUCCCUAGAUGGACAAGUACAUCCAAUUCCCCUUCCUGCUUUGCUUGCUUAACAAUAUUACAGAUACGUCUCCUGUCUCUGUGAGCAGUAGCUCCGGGAAGACACCUCACAAGACCACCAUUGUCCAUCUCCACACCUAUUAUAAUGGAAUCCCCCAACAACAACUGCUUUCUAUUAGGCCUCACCAUAGUCUCCAAGCCGGUCUCCACAACACCACUAGCCUAAGUGCCUCUCUCCACAACACCACUAGCCUCAGUGCCUCUCUCCACAACACCAUUACUCUGAAAGUGCAGAAAAUUAAUUAAUUAUGAAGAGCAACAGACUGUGCAAAAUGCCUUUUAUCCACAACUCUAAGUCUACCAGAUCCUACAGUAAUCCAUCUGCCUUUCCUAGCAUGUCUCUGCGGCAGUGGCUUUGCAGCAGUUCCAGUUGGAGUUUCUUCACCAGAUAAUUUACAAAUCUCAGACUUCAAAAAUACAAUCUCCUGCCGCAAGAUAGAGAACUGUCUACAGAUUAGACAACAACCAAACCUCCAAAAAGUGGAACGUGAAACAAAUGCAUAGAAAUUGUUACACUGAACUAAGUCUGCCAUUCCAAUUAUGAGAAUAAUUUAAAUCUAACAAAUCUUGACUUUUUUCUUUAUCCUCCUGAAUACCUCAGAUUACCUCCAGGUUAUCUCCAGAAUAUCUCCAACUACACACUUAGAAACAGCACUCUCCAGAAUAUCUCCAACUACACACUUAGAAACAGCACUUAGAAGUAGCACCAAGCUACUGUUGGCUUUUACUGCAAUAAAAUGCACAUUUGUAUUCCGCAAAGCCUUAAUAGGUUUUAAGGUGUUUUGGUAAGUUACAGGGUCAAAUAUAGCACAUUCAAUUUUUAUUUUAUUUUAUUUUUUUCACAUUGAAAUUUGCCAGAUUAGUAAUGUUACCUUUGAGACUGCGUGGUAGCCCAGGAAUGAGAAUUACCCCCAUGAUGGCAUACCAUUUGCAAAAGUAGACAGCCCAAGGUAUUGCAAAUGGGGUAUGUCCAGUCUUUUGUAGUAGCCACUUAAUCACAAACACUGGCCAAAGUUAGCGUUCAUAUUUGUUUUUGUGUGAAAAAAGCAAAAAUAGAUUUGGCCAGUGUUUGUGACUGAGUGGCCUCUAAAAAAGACUGGACAUACCCCACUUGCAAUACCUUGGGUUGUCUACUAUUGCAAAUGGUAUGCCAUCCUGGGGGUAAUUCUCAUUCCUGGUUUACCACAGAGUCUCAAAGGCAACAUUUCCAAACCGGCAAAUUUCAAUGUGAAAAAAAAUCCGUAAAACCUGUUAAGGCUUUGCUGAAUACAAAUUAUAUAUGUGUAUUUUAUUGCAGUAAAAGCUAACUGUAUUAUGACAUUUACAGCUAAAAUGUUAGGCAGAACUACAAAUGAUUUUAAAAAUCUUAAUUUCAGUUUUUUUUUUAUUUUGGUGCCCUCAUCUUUGUUUAUAUAUUUUGUUCUACAUGUAUUUUGAUCUCCAUAUAUAGUAUCAAAAUACAGUCAGAACAAGAUUAUAUUUUUUAAUGAGCGGGUGAGUACACAGGAAGGUGGGGACGUGCUAUGCUGCCCUCUGGCGUUUAGAGCCAGGUCCCCAAGGACGGCAUAGCAUGCUCGCAGUCCUCCGGGGUUAAACUGUGAUAUAAAGAUUUUAAAUCAUGACAUGUAAAAACCUCAUUCUUUCACAUUAUAAUAUUAAUAUUUGCAACCAGAUGAAGAUUUCAUAUUUAAAAUACUUUCCAGUUUACCUUUAAUAUCAGAACUAAUAUCUAUAGUUACAGCCUUCUCUGAUGAUGGGUGAUGCUCAACUUAUUUCUGCAGAAGCCAGAUGCCGAUUCUGACAGUCAUUCAUUGGUUGAGAGCAUCAGCGUAAUGCUCUCAUUCAACAAAUGACCCUCCGUUUAAAGAAUGUGCACAUAAUUGAUAGUCCACUUGGAAUUCUUAUUCUGGGCUGGCUAAUGAUGUACUAAUAAAAUUACCUGAGGUGUACUUAGACCUCUGAAUGAAAUGUAAAUAUAUGUGCAGAGUUCACUUAAAAAUGUUUCAGAAAGUAGAAUGUUUCGGUGAAGCUCUAUAUUAAUGAUAAUUGGUGGAAAACCAUUUGUGGUGAUAGUGCAAAAACUGCCCAGUAUAAAACAAAGUGCAAAAACUGCCCAGUAUAAAACAAUAUACCUUUUACAAUGGUUUUCUCGUUUAAGAGAUGUCAAUAUUUCUGUAUAAUCCCUUUAAAUAAAAACAUAGAAAUACACAUCAUAGUGCAAACUGUACAAUAUUAUUAAAAUGUGAGAGAUAAUGCCCAGUACCAAUUCACAAUUUACUGAGCUAAAAAACUUAGCUCAAGUUCUUGCACUUUAGGGUCUGUUAAAGGACCACUAUAGUGCCAGGAAAACAUACUCGUUUUCCUGGCGCUAUAGUGCCCUGUGGGUGCCCCCACCCUCAGGGUCCCACUCCUGUGGCGCUAAAGGGAGAGGAAGGGGUUAAUCCCUUACCUUUUUUCCAGGCUACCUCGGCGCUGGGAAUCUCCUCCCCCCUCUUCCGUCCUCGGCUGAAUGCGCAUGCGCAGCAAGAGCCGCGCGCGCAUUCAGCCAGUCUCAUAGGAAAGCAUUGAUAAUGAAAAUCACAGUGAGAAGCGCGGAAGCUCCUCUAGCGACGGUCAAUGAGACAGCCACUGGAAGCUGGAUUAACCCGUAGGUAAACAUAGCAAUUUCUCUGAAACUGCUAUGUUUACUGUAAAAAGGGGUUAAACCUAGCUAAACCUGGCACCCAGACCACUUCAUUAAGCUGAAGUGGUCUGGGUGCCUAUAGUGGUCCUUUAAGGCGACCCUAUCCCUCCUUUGGGUCCAGAUAUUCUUACGCUUCUGUCCUAGGUGAUUUGGCAUAGAAGAAACAUAUAUAGUGUGAUAUCGUUUAUUUUAUAAAUGAGUAGUAGUUAAAUGUAAUUUAGUACUCCCAAACCUAGAACCUUCCAAUAGGCUCAAGUCAAAUUGAAUAUGUGGUUAAGGACUUUAAAAAAAACAAAACCAUAUAGUAUAAAACAAUAAUUUAAAAUACACCUAUUCAGCUAAAAUCCAAACAUAGAGUCUUAGUGCUCACUGUUCACCCAGGACGCGUUUCGCCAAGUAGGCUUCCUCAGCUGGAAAAUUCUUUGUAGCUGCUUAAAAUACCCUUCUAAUCAGGGAAUAGUAUGCUGCCUUAAAUUUUCGCGGGCAAUCUCCAUGGUAACAGGUGCCCUGCGUGUCAAGCCUCCUAUUGAUACUGUGCAUUCCGCAUUGCUUGCCGAUACGUUACGUCCAGUUUCAGCAUAUCUGGUUUGUGUGUUCCAUUCUGCGUUCCAGCAGCCAUUGACUGGAUUCUUUUGCCGGAUGGCAGAUUUUUUUUGUAGCAUUUAAUACAGGAAAUAAAUAGCAUCAACAUUAUUCUGCUUAAUGUACAUCAUUUAAAUGAAAAUAAAUCAUAUUUACAUUCUUAUGUUCAAUGUACAUCAUAUAGAUACGUUUAUAAUGUGCAGGGAUGUAUGUAUAACAUAGAAAACUGUUUAAUGGACAGAUAAAAACAUUUGUUUCCUGAAAUAUCAGUCUAUAACAAAUUAAAUUAUUAACCUUUUUCCUUCUCACUGACUACCUAUAUUAUUAUUUCCACAAUAUAAACUUAUAGUGUAUUCAAUUUAUUAAAAUUAAUACAGAUAUAGUAGGAGAGAAUUUCUUUUACUGUAUUUUGGUGCUUUAUUUCAUUGUGGUGCUUUUUCACUGCAUUUAAAGGGGAACAUACUUAAAAUUCUUGAUAUUAUGAAAAUUCCUUAAAAUAGCAUAAUUUGAAAGACUUAUUAAUGGAAUUAAAUGUAAAAAUACAGUAUUUAAAAAUUAUGUAAAAAAGGGAGGUAUGUGCAAAAGGGAAUUCAUUUAAUCUCUAUCAUUAGAGUGCAAAUAGUAGUUUGUAUAACAGAAGAGGCAUAAUCUAUUUUUUUUUUCUCUCUUUAUUGCGUGUUUUCAUUAUCAUGUAUAAAGAACAACGAUGAGGACUCGCAGGUCCCAUGCAACUGAAGAGAAGGAAGGAACGGGAACUCAACUUAUGAACGUGCAUCAGUGACUUGCAGGUCACAGGCUAACUUAAGAAUUGAAUGUUUUUAUUGUCUUACAUAAUGAGCAUCGAUGGGGACUCGCAGGUCCCUUUCAACUUAGAAGAAGAGGAAAAAAAAAGGAAAGAAAACCAACUUAUGAAUAUGCAUCAGUGACACGCAGGUCGCACAUUGACGUUUAUAAUAAUUCAGUCUCGGACUUGCAGGUCCAGUACUCUUCAUUCAGUGGGAUAGUGCCUUCGAAUAGUAUCCGGAGUCUACAUAAACUGUUUUGUACGUGCUUUGUUCUACGUGUCUACCUGAGGGGUGAAGGCCGUAUUUCCCGGAAUUCGUGCGUGCCAGGGAGCCGACCUCGUGUGUUGGGCAGACUCUGCGCGCACCCUCCCUCCUAGAGUGUAGGUCUAUGAUUCCCUUAUCUUGGUAACCCCCUCGAUAGUUGGUCUGUGAGCUCGUGGGCCUGUUUCUCCCGGUCGGGUUCGUGCAUCUUAAGUAUCUUUGUCCUUCUGUUAUGUGUCUGUUGCCAUUCUUUAUAUUCUAAGAUGUCCAUUGUGUCUCUGUAGGCUGUCUAGCCCAGGUGUUUUGCCCUCUUGCCUCUCUGGGGUGCCCAAAUUAUUUCAAUGGGGGAUUUUCGUGAUUCUCGGUGGGUCUGUAUGGACAAGUGUCCUCAGCUGUGUAAAAAACAAACAAACAAAAAACAAAACAAAAAAAACAUCUGUGUCUGUGAGUGUCGGCUCCCUUAGUUUGACUAGAUUCUUGUUCUCCCUCUCAGGUGUUCCCGCUUCCUUGGAUAGCUAGUGUAGGGUGGGUUGGGGAGAGGGGUAAAUUCAGGCAAGGGGAAGAGGGAGAGGGUGUGCUGUCUGUCAGUACGUCCAUCUGUCUUGGGUUGUGUGGAAAAUUCGGGUUGGGCCGUCGUCCUCAUCCAAUGUGUCCAUAUGUCUGUUGCUGCGGUCCUGCCGUCCGCAUAGUGAGUUCCUCUAUUGCCCAUAGUUCUUCUAUUUGGUUGAACCACCUUUGCAUCGAUGGGGUCUCAUUUUUCUUCCAGUAUUGAGGGAUGGUCUGCUUUGCUAUGUUCAGGAUUCAAAUUAUAAGUGAUUUUUUUUUUUUUUAAUUUGGUUAUGGGGGUGUUUGUAUGGUGUAAUAACAUGGCUGCCGGUUCCAAUGGUGGGUUGUUGGAGAAUCUAGAUAGUAUUUUGUGUAUGGUUCGCCAUUAGGGCUGUAUGUUCUCACACUCCCACCAUAUGUGCAGGGGUGUGCCAAUCACCUUCUCGCAUCUCCAGCAGAAACUGGAUCCGUAUGUGGUGUAUCGUGUCAGGUGUUUGGUACCAAUGUGAUAGUAAUUUGUAUGCAGUCUCCUGACUUUUACUGAAAACUGAGCAGUGGUGAGUGAUAUGGCAGAUCUUUUCCCAUUCUGUCUCACUAAAGGUCUGGUGUAGGGCCUCCUGCCAUUUUCCCAUGAAUUUUGGUGGUGCCACUGGUGUUUGUGACUGUAGUGUAGAGUAUAGGAGCGACACACUGUGCGGUUGUGGGUCGGUGUCUGCGCACAUGUGUUCAAAGACUGUGAGAUCUCUACCUAAGUUAGCUCCCUGUGGGAGAAUCUUUACAAAGCUGCAUAAUUGUUCAUAUUUAAAUCGAGUUAGGAAGGAUUGGUCUGCGUCUUUACUUAUGUCCGUCCAGUCCCUUAGUCCCUGUUUGGUGUAUACGUGUCUCAACCUUAGUAACGGGUUUCUGAUCAGCGUCUUCAGUGCCCCCGGGUCCAUGCCUGGUGGGAAAUCUGUAUUAUGAGUGAGAGGGAGUAGUGGGGAUGGGUGUGUAGAUAGGGCGUGUUGUCCUGCGCUACUGCGCCACACCUUUAGUGUCGCUUUGGUGUACACCGAGUAAUGUCUCUCCACUCCCCCUUCGCGCCUGGGGAGCCACGAGAGGAGCGCGGCCGGGACGCCUGCCCUCGCCUCCUCUAUCUUCCAGAGUUUAGUGACCCUGGACCUAGACCACUCCAUAAUGCGUUGUAGGUGACGUGCUUUAUAAUAAAGCAUGAAGUCUGGCAGGGGUAGGCCACCCCAGUCUUUGAGUUGUGUGAGUAGUGUAUAUUUCAGUCUGGGUCAGGAGGUCAUCCGCGUAUGCGGCUAUUUUGUGGUGUCUAUCGUUUUGACUCCUGUGAUGUCUGGGUGGUGUCUUGUGUGUCAGGAAGGGCUCUAAUGCUAGGACAAAAAGCAACGGCGACAGGGGACAUCCCUGACGCGUUCUGUUGUAGACUGGGAAAGUUUCUGUGAGCGCUCCGUUGACCACCACCUGUGCUGUUGGUUGGGCGUAUAAGGCUUUGAUCCAGCCCAGUAAGAGUGGUCCCAUGCCCAUGUGUGCUAGUGUCCGGAACAUGUAUUCCCAGUAGACCCUAUCAAAGGCCUUCUCCACGUCUGUGGACAGCAGAAGGCCCCUGUCGUCCACCGUCCACCCAUGCAUGACUGUUAGAGCCCGGAUAGUAUCCCUGGCCUAGUUUCCCGAUAUGAAUCCCACCUGGUCCACGUGGACCAGGGAUGGGAUGUGCAGCUGGAGCCGGGUCGCCAGAACCUUGGCCAGGCGUUUGAGGUCAGUAUUUAUGAGGGAUAUGGGUCGGUAACUCCCACACUGCUCCCGGUCCUUUCCUUCUUUUGGUAUUAGAGUUAUGUGUGCCAUGAGCGCUUGUUUGGGGAGGUCUCGUCCGUCUCUAAUGUUAUUGAACAUGUCCAGUAGCGGAGGAUAUAAGAUGUCUGCGAAACAUUUGUACUAUUUGAUGGGUGGGCCUGGGCACCUGCCUAGUUUAGUGUGUUUAAUGGCAAUUGCCAACUCCUCAGGUGUAAUCGGCUCCUCCAGCUGGUCUUUUGUUUUCGUUGUCAGGGAGGGGAGGUCAUGAGUUUGGAGGUAUGCAUCUAUAGAGUCCCUCAGUCUUUGUGUCUGUUUUUCUGUUUGUGGUUGUGGGAGGGAGUAUAACUCCGCGUAGUAAGCACGUAUGAUCUCCUGUAUCUUGGUAGGGUGUCUGUGUGAGAUGCCUCCCUUAUCUCGCAUGUGGUUGAUAUACGUGUCCUGUCUCUGUUUGCUGAGCAUGCGUGCUAAGAGUUUGCCGCACUUGUUUCCAUGUAUAGAGAACAACGCCUUGUGUCGCAGCGCUGCCCUGUGGUGUUGAGUGUGAUUAGUUCCCUCCUUAGGUUGAGGAGCGUGGUCUGGUGUGUGGGGAGGUGUAAUCGUUUGAGGGUGUCUAGUUGUUGUAUGUCUGAAAGGAGCGUGAGCCUGCAGGCCUCCCUCUGCUUUUUAAGGAGCGCGCUUUUCUGUAUAAAGUGUCCCCUGAUCACGCUUUUGUGCGCCUCCCAUCGUAUGGUGGAAGAGGUUUGGUCUCGUGUGUUGGCCAUAAAGUAGUCUUUUAGCGCCGUUUCUAUGUCUGUUGUGACGUCUGGUGUUGUGAGCAGUGAUUCGUUUAAUCGCCAUUUUGGUACUCUAGGCCUGAACAGGGGAGACUGCAGAGCGAUGGUCACUGGUGCAUGGUCUGACCACAUUGCGGUCCCCUGGUCGGCCCCGAGCACCAGAGGCAGGUGGUAGUGAGACACAAAAAGGUAAUCGAUUCGAGUGUAUGAGUUGUGUGGAUGGGAGUAAUAUGUGUAAUCCCUCUCAUCUGGGUGAAAUGCCCUCCAACAGUCCACUAGUUAUGCCCUUGUUAGGAGGGUCUUAAUUGCUGUGAUGUGUUGUGUAGGGAGAUGCGACUGCCCCUGCAAGGAAUCCCACUUGGGGUCCAAGGUGACAUUCAGGUCUCCCCCAGUACCAAGACCCCCUCUGCGAAGCACUUGAGGGCGCAAAGCGUCCUGGUGAGAAACCUAUAUUGUCUCUGGUUGGGGGCAUAAACAUUGGCAAAGGUAUAUGUCGCGUCUGCUAUCUUGCCUUUGAGGAACAAGAAGCGGCACUCCUGGUCAGACAUGACCCCCAUGUCCUCCCAGUCAGUAUAUCUUGCCCCCGUCUUAUGGAUCGUUUUGCUAUAAAUGCUGCCUGUUGUGUAACCUCACCAAAUAAGUACCAGUAAUUGCGUUAACCUAACAAUAAAUUGUAGCAUAUCCGUAAGUAACGGAACCUGUUAGGGUGGGCAGACCAGCCAUUUGAAAUGGCCGGUGUCCCGGUCAUCCCGGCCUCAGGUGGCCAUGGCCUUGCCUGCCCGAGGGCGCUUUUCUCAGUAGUAUGGGGGUGUGGUGGCCUGUGUCUCGGCCCCCCGUGACCCCCUGUACGAGUUGUUGUUCUUGAGAUGUGAUCACAAUUCUCCAUCCUCCCCCCUCCCCCCCAUCCCCUCGUUCCUCCACCGCUUGGUUUAUGAUGUCCCCUGUUAGGAUUAAGUCGCUGUCCUCCUCUGUCAGUCCUCCCCCCCCCCCGCGAUCUGCAGCGGCCAUGUGCUGCCGGCCACGUGGGAGGCAAGCCUGCCCAGGGCGUUCUAUGCCGCCCUGUGGCGUUUAGAGCCAUCCAAAUAGGGACGGCAUAGAACACCCGGCGGGCUUAAGGGGUUAACCACCUAGCGCCCUUCUCAGUAACUUGGCUAAACAUGUUUGACGCUGACCUUUAAGAGACUUUUUAACAGUGUACUAGUUUCAGUAAUGUCAGGGCUCAUUCCUUUCCAUUACUGUCCUCCCUAUUCUAGCUACCCCCCCCCUCUCCUUUUGUGUUCAUGGUGCCUUUGUUAGUUUGGUUGUUUUUUUUUUGCCACUAUUUGCAGUUUACAGUUACCCCCUGUUUGAAGGUGCCCGGUGACAGGUGACUUUGUGGCAAACCCAUUUAUUUUUAAAUACCUUUCAUCAAACAUUGAAAGGAAAUCUCAUUCCUAAUUUUAGUAAAUGACCAGAUCCUUCAGACAUAUAUGUACACCUUGGGUGAGAUGGUGUUUGAAAACGGACAGUUAGAUUGAGAAGCAUGAAAGACCAUAGAGACUAACUGCUUUUAAACACGGUCUGAACCAAAGAGUGCAUAAAAUGGCUGGCUGACUCCACUAUAUGCUAAAGGUAGUGAGGAGUGUUUUUUUUUUUUUUCUUUUACAUAUACUUAAAAAAUAAUAAUCUAUCCCCCCUACCCCCAUUACAUUACUUACCUCCAGUCCAGUGCUGUCAUGUCUGCAGCUUGUAUUACUGUAAUAUCCACCUUCUGCCUGUGCUCUGCUUCUUCCAUGGCAACAUGUUGGCUUCAUUGCCAGCUGGUUCAGUGUCUUUUCUGAGUGACAUCCGUUGCUGUAUUCCCAUGCUCUUCUAGCCAGUUCUGGCUCAGGAGUAGUAACUGCAACCAUUGCGCAUGUGCUGCGAUUUGUUUUGCAGAGAACUGCCUGUAGAAGGGUUCUCCUGCUCUCCUCUUUUUUUAGUCUUUUGGUGUAAACACUGUUGAAUCCUUGCACACGCUGGGGUACCACAACUAUCAAUUCAUACCUGGAGCUCCCCUCUAUCACUUUGUGUCAUUUUUUGAAAAAAAAAUUUUUGGGCCACAGACUGUCAGAUGCUCUGCAAAGUGAGCACUAUAUACAGCUCUCUACAUAGCUUUAAAGCGGUCCAGAGAUUUUUUUUUAUUGAUUUUUUUUAAAUAUAUAUAGAUACAGAUUAGAUGAAGUUUAUUUUUUGUGACCAAGCCAAUUUAAAUCUUCAUUUACCACAAUUUGGUGUGAGUUGGGAAAAAUCCCUGCUCACACGUGGAGACACUUGUAUCAAUAUAUAUCUGAGGCUCCUCUGUGUUAGCUGGGGCAAUUUUUUUUGUGUCACCAGACUCAGCUGCUCUGUAUGCAGUAAUCCAUUGCAAUUUCAAUAAGGUAUUUAAAUGCCUAGUGCUGCAAUGCGGUUUGAGUUAAAUCCUUGCUUACACCAGGAUGCCCCAGGUUUAAAUCCAACCAUUACAUACAGCUGUUUAAAUUCCACUCAGACGAUGUUUCUGUGCUUGCAGAUGCUUAAUGGAAGCCCUGACUGUCUCCCAGCAUGGUCCCAUGUCAGUUGUGGUCAGUGCUGGGCAUUGCCAUCUGUCCAGCAUAGAACACGUUGUAAUUGGCAUGCUGGAGUUUCAGCUUUACAGUUUUACAAUGCUAAAACAAGGAAAGGUUAAAGGAUCUUAACACGUAUAGCUUGGAGGAAAGACGAUACAGUGGGGAUAUGAUAGAAACAUUUAAAUACAUAAAGGGAAUCAACACAGUAAAGGAGGGGACUAUAUUUAAAAGGAAAAACUACCACAACAAGAGGACAAAUUAGAGGUGCAAAGGUUUAAAAAUAUCAGGAAGUAUUACUUUACUGAGAGAGUGGUGGAUUCAUGGAAUAGCCAUCCAGCUGAAGUGGUAGAGGUUAAAGGACCACUAUAGGCACCCAGACCACUUCAGCUUAAAGGACCAUUCUAGGCACCCAGACCACUUCAGCUUAAUGAAGUGGUCUUGGUGCCAGGUCCAGCUAGGGUUAACCCAUUUUUUAAUAAACAUAGCAGUUUCAGAGAAACUGCUAUGUUUGUUAAUGGGUUAAGCCUUCCCCCUAAUCCUCUAGUGGCUGUCUCAUUGACAGCCACUAGAGGCGCUUGCGUGCUUCUCACUGUGAUUUUCACAGUGAGAGCACGCCAGCGUCCAUAAGAAAGCAUUGUAAAUGGUUUCCUAUGCGACCGGCUGAAUGCGCGCGCAGCUCUUGCCGCGCGUGCGCAUUCAGCCGGAGGGGAGGAACGGAGGAGGAGAGCUCUCCGCCCAGCGCUGGAAAAAGGUAAGUUUUUAACCCCUUUCCCCUUUCCAGAGCCGGGUGGGAGGGGGUCCCUGAGGGUGGGGGCACCCUCAGGGCACUAUAGUGCCAGGAAAACAAGUGUGUUUUCGUGGCACUAUAGUGGUCCUUUAAUGAAGUGGUCUGGGUGCCAGGUCCAGCUAGGAUAAACGGAGAGCUCCCCGCCCGGUGCUGGAGAAAGAGGUAAGUUUAACCCCUUCCUCUCCAUCCAGCCCGGCGGGAGGGGGUCCCUGAGGGUGGGGUAACCCUCAGGGCACUAUAGUGCCAGGAAAAAGAGUGUUUUCCUGGCACUAUAGUAGUCCUUUAACACAGUGAGGGAGUUUAAGCAUGUAUGGGAUAGGCAUAAGGCUAUCCUAGACUUAAGAUAAGGCCAGGGACUAAUUCAAAGUGUUUCGAAAUUAUUGGGCAGACUAGAUGGGCUGAAUGGUUAUCUGCCGUCACAGUCUGUUUCUAUUGUAGCCCAGGCUUGGGUGUGCAAAUGAGACAGAUAUUAUAGCGUUAUUGCAAUUAACACACCUCCCACACCUAUAAAUCCCUUUCGGAGUUGAUAACCAUGUGUCUCUCUUUAUAUUGUCUUAAUUUGCCCUGGCAUGUAUUAGAUCCUGUCUGAGAUUUCUCGAGUUCUUAAGUCAUAAUUGGAACUAUUCCAAAAAUAUUCCUUAGGUCCGUGUUCUCACGCAACACAUGCCGGUUUUUUUAUUUUAUUUUUUUUUUUAUAAUUUGUGCAAUAUAACGGGACUUAGUGGAAUAAGUAUGUACAAAAGGAAUUCGUUUUGGCUUUGUCUCGACUUCAACCCUCGGUCUCUCCUGAUUAUUGUAUUCCAAAACUUUUUUCCUUGGCUGUCCUCAGUGACUCCAUGGGAUAACCUCUAUCCCUAAAGUUCUUCCUCACUUAAUCUGCCCUUUGUUCAAAAAGUUGAUCAUCAGAGAUGAUCCUUCUCCGAUGUUAUAACUCUUUCAAUUUGGGUGGAUGGAAUGAUUAGAAAUGCAGGUAUGCAUUCCUAUCUGUCUGGAGAAGAUAUCAAAAUGAAAAAAAUUCUUGACAUUCACAUCCAGGAAAUUAAUCUGUGUUGGGCUAUAUUCAAUGGUGAAUUUUAUGGUGGGGAGCAUUAAGUUAAUGCUUCCCCAGAAUUCGAAAAGGGUCUCCAAUGGACCGCUCCAUAGAAAACAAAUGUCGUCUGAAGCGUAACCAUAACUUCACAAAAUGAAAUUUAGAAUGAGUAUAGAUGUAAUCCUCCUCAAAGCAAGCCAUAAAUCUUUUUUGAUACACUUGUGCCCUAGUGUAAUGACUACCCAUUCCUUCAUAAAAUACACAGAUUUAAAAAAAAAUUUAAUUUGGUUUUUUUUUUUUUAACCAAAAUACGUGACACUGUGGAAUUACAGGACGUGACCUUUUUGUAUACUAUGAAUAUAAGCAGUCUGUACACCUCCGUACCACAUGAUGGAGGUGUUCAGGCUGUUAAACGACAUCUAUUGAAAUUAGACAUUGAUGAGGCUCAGCAUGAAUUUGCAGUCACUCUUUUGGAAAAGAUGUUAUAUGAAAAUGUAUUUUCUGUACAAGGACACUUUUUAUAAACCAUUACAGGGCACGGCGAUAGGGUCAAAUGUGGCCCCAUCGUACUCCAAUUUAUUAGGGAUCGAUCGAUUAUCGGUCUGGCCGAUAUUCUGUAUUUUUGGCAAUAUUGGUAUCGGCCAAUUCAGAUACCGAUAUUGCCGAUAAUAUAUAACAGGACCGCUGGACCCAUUACAAGCCCGGUGGUCCUGAAGGGGCCCGCAGGUAGCGUUUACUUAACUUCCCAGCAGCUCCUUCAGCUCUUCUUUUGUGCCCACACUAUGAACACACAAUUGGCUAUUGCUUGCUCUGUGUCCAUGGAUUGGAUUACAUUAUACUAUUUUGUUUAAUAUAUAUAUAUAUUAUAUAUUUUUUUUUUUUUUUUAAGGGUGGUGAUGCACACAUGCAUGAAUCUCUGGGAAUAUCCCCGGGACCUAUGAAUCUUAUCCCACGCUCUUCUUUUAUUAUUUUUGUUUGUGUAUAUUCUUCUUUUUUCACCUUUUUAUCUUUUCUUCAUUUGUCUUAUUCUUUGAUUAUUUAGUAUAUUUUUAUAUAUAUAUGUAUAUUAUUUGAUUUUAUAUAUAUAUAUAUAUUUUCACUGUUUUACUCUACUGUUUUGUUUACCUUAAUUGGUGGACUAUGGAAUAAUAUAUUUAGUUUGCAGUCUGUUGAAAUCCAUGCAUAUAUUUUAUUGUUUAGUAUUGUACACUGUGUAUUGUGGAUCCAAUGAGGUCAAAUGUGUGUUAUUAUGUGCACUUUUGAUUGUUUUAAAUUUUGGGUAAUUUGAGGUCAGUACCUCUUGAUACAUGUAAGAAUAUAUUCCAUAUAUUUGUAUGCACAUCAUACUCGUAUGAUGUACUUCAGGAGAUUGACUUGAUUUAGAUCAAGUUUGGCCACUACGUUUUCCUGUAGUUGCUCUGUGAUGCCGGAACACGUGAUCACAUUUGCACGUAAUGACGUCACUGACACACGGAACUAUACUCUGGCAUUAUACAUAAGAUCUUAUACAUCACUACAUUAAUGGAAAGUACCUCCCCAUAUCCAGCUGACCACUUAGAUUUAUUAGUUUGAGCUAACGGGCUAUCAGUCAGUGAGAGGUCCCCCAGAGGAAGGCUUAAGAGCCGAAACAUCUGGGUUUUCAUUUCUCCUGCUCUUGGUCACUAUAACUAACUUUUUUUUUUUAAUUGGUGUAUGUAAUUAGCACUUUAUUACUAUUGUGGUAUUGGUAUUAUUGAUUGGGUAUGCACUAUUUUGUGCACUUUUUUUCUGUCAAAGUUACUUGAUGUAUUUCUUCAAAGCAUGAAUAAAAAAAUUAUGUGCAAACCUUGGUGUGCCUUGAGUUCAUUACUAUAUCUGUAGUGAUAAUGUAAUGGCAGGUAAUUGUUUAGUGUAAGGUUUAGGUAUAGUGUUGGAGGGUGGUAUACGGUUAGCGUUAAAUACUAAUAAUAUCCUAAACAUAUGAGCAUUUUGUACAAUCAGGACUGAUAUGUGUAUCUGUUUUGAGAUCUUUUUAUGUAGUUGCACUGGAUGUAAAAAACAUUUUUAUCGAAUUACCCCACCCACCAUAUUUUUUUUUUUUUUUAGCAUUUUAGUCAAACUCUGUCACUCCCUUAUCAAAAAAUUUUGUAUUUCAUAAAGGUCAAAGCUUUAUGAAAUUAUGAGAUCCUUUUAAAAAAAACAAAACAAAACAAAUUUCAGUGAAAUUUCAAUCCAGUCAAAAGAUAUACUGGGUUCCCCCAGCUGUCACCAGUGACCAUUGGUAGGGGGGAGGGGGGGAUAAAAGUAUUUUCUAUUCAUGUCUUGUGGAAUCCUCCAUAGAUCUUAAUGCUGUACUCACUGACAUCGGUUCGUAGAAGCUGAAGCGACAGAAGAGGAUGGUGGAGCCAGUGAGCGACCAUCUCCUCUUUCACUGCACCCCAUGGCCACCAGACCCACAGCUGGUGAUAGAACCGCUUUAAAGAAAACUCUUAAAUUACGUUUAAACACAUGGCACAAUUUCUAGGUGCUUUUACUUUUAAAAAUGUUUUUGUCAGAUCUUUGGCAAUGUCCUCUGUCCUUUAAGGGGUUAAGAGUGUGUGUGUGUUUCAUGAGCUAUUUCAUGGUCGACUCUGCUUCCUUGUGAAAAACAAGAGCAUAAUCACAAACUAAGCAUGGCUUGCAGGUAAUCUAAAACUAGUGCAAGAAAGAAAACUUUGCCUGGGACUAUAACUGAUCCUAUUGCAUAACUGUUGAUGGUGUUCCAGAUCUUAAUGUAAGACAAAGCCACAUAGGCAAUUGGUCAGAAAUUCUUCUCUGUAAAGAAAAUAAAUCCUGUAUAAAAGCUACAUACUGCUGGGGUGUUUUCUUUCCUUUUGAGAACAAAAAUUUGUUUCUUACAUUCUUCAGGUAGAGAGCAGAGUUAAAGUGGUUAAAUGAUACCUCUUAUUAUGUAUGACUUUGAGGAACCUAUGCAUAAACUUGAAUAUGCCCUUGGAAGGUGCCCUAGGUUUAUUUAGGCUCCAGGUGCUUUACACCCCAGGAACAUGGAUUAGUAUGCUUCUGCAUACAGAGCACACUUUGUCCCUCCCAUGUCGCUUGUUGCAAGUUAUCAGCUGCCUGGUGCCAUGUGCAGCAGCACAGUUCACACACCCCAAAGACCUGCCCUGGGCAUUGGUGGAUGCUCGGGUGAACCAUGUCUUUAUAUUUGUCAUGCUCCUUCCGGAUGGGGUCUUUUCUAGCGACUGGGCAACAAUGGAUGCCCAGUAGCUAGUUUUUAUAUUUAGUAUACAUGCCCCCAUUGACGGAUGGCCGAUGGGGGCAUUUAGAGGUAAAAUACCAUCAUUGUAGCAAUCCUAUUAACCACCAUAAGAUUAUAACUCAUUUAGUUUGUUUAAUUUUUUUUUUUUUACUUGUUCUGGCCAGCCACCACAUUAACCUUUGCACUAUCAUGAGGUUUUAAAUAUUUGCCUGCUGGCGUUAUGAGCGGGCAAAUUGCAAGUGAAUGAUAAUUUGAGAUUCCAGUGCUUUAAAUUGGUUCAGAUGAGUUUGGAAAAACAGUGGCUUCCUAAUCUGAACUAUUGUUACAGAAUCUGUCAGACCAACCAAAUUCUUUCAGCAUUUGGCUUUAAUAAUGUUACUGCUUAGGAAUACCUCUAGUGGUAAUUGUCACGAACGCGCCCUACUCCAAGAGUGCGUGACGUAGUGUGGUGGUGAAAGGGUUAAAGUUCACUAUUUGUCUGCACUAGACCGGAAACAAUGACAAAAUCCUCCUUUUUAACAUCACCCACACGUAAACAUAAUAAUAGAACUAUUACAAUUUUAACGCUGCCGCCACCAACCCCAAGACCAUUUGUAAAUGGGGUGCCUUGGUCCCCCACGUAAAUCCAUAAUAAAACCCAACAUAUUACUUAGCACAAUAUUUAAGGAAUUGCAAAAAUACUAAUUAGUCUCUUCAGGUAACGUGAUUCUUAACCAGACAAAAGCAGAACUUAAAUGUUUAUUAUGAGCAAAAAAAUAGUCAGUGCAUAUAGAGAAAAACAAUAAAUAUAUAUAACAAAUCAGUUAUACCAGCAGGUAAAAACAAAAAGGAUAAAAUACAGAAGUCCUGAUUACUCACUUAUGUUUUCAAAGUACAACUUUUGCCCAAGGGGUCUCUGGCAAGGAAGUAUGAUGGUGUACUUGCAUGGGGCCAAGAUCUAAUUUUGAGUGAGACACCAACAUCCCUACAAAUCUUUGGAUAUAUACCCUGUGGAUUAUCAAGUCUUGCCCAGGGGUGGAGUUAAGGCAUACCUACAGAAAAAAGUGACCACCUCCUUUGUUCCAGACCACCGUCAAUCCAAGUGGAACCAUUUGGCUCUGUCUUCUCUUAUGUACAUGCCACAGAAAUAAUAAUUGCAUCUACAAAUUUGUAAUCAUUUUCCCAUUCCAUUGACUUGUCGCACGCCCCACCCGUGAUCCAAUAGGACUGACCUCACAAUUCCUUCUCCUAUGGUCGUCAGGCCACUCAUGUUUGGACUUGUUUAGAAGAUGGCGCUUGUCACAUUCCAAAUAUAACAUAAAUGAGGCUUAAUUUUUAUUCUGUGGGAUAAGUAUGAAUGUUUCUCUUUGGAUAUAAUACUGGAACAAGGCUAAUGUCCAUUAGCAUAUCAAAGAGAUUGCCUCAUCAAUUUACAAGGUACAUGCCAAAUGGAUGAAGAGACAUUCCAACUUUUUCCAAGUGUAGAACCUCACACCUUGAAGAACCUUAAUUAAUUUACAUACAUAUGGUAAAAUACUUUUCACCUCCCUGUGUCAUUCAAACUACCACUUCUGUCAUCUGACCACAAUGGGGGGUCCCAGCUUCAAAAAAAUCUAACCUCUUUUGACCUCCAUACAAUCAAAUGAACCCCUUUUGACAUUGACAAUACCAUCUCUGCCAUGCCAGCAGGUCCUUAAUGCACUACAAAAAUUACAUUAAAGGACAAUAUUCCAUAGUGCAAUAAUAAAUUAUGCACCCUUGCCGUGACAGUCACUCAAACCUGCACGUUCUCCAUAGAUGCAUCUCAAUGAUGAGAUGCUAAUUGGUGCAGAGGAGUGUUUUGCCACGCAUGCACAAAACCCUCUCAAUGCUUUCCAAUUGAAAAGCAUUGAAUUGGCUGAGAUCGUAAAGUUUGAUCGCAGCCAAGGAGGCUGAGCUUUCAGCGAAGAGACUUGCGCAGCGCUGAAAUAAAGGUGAGAUUAAAUACCUUUUUAUUUUGCUGAAAGGGGUGCCGGUGACCUAAAUAGCUCUAUUAUAACUAUAGUGGCACUAUACUACUUUAAGAUACAGGGGACAUGAGAGGAUAACUGAAGGAAAAAAAAAUGACAGAGCCGCUUUAACCUAGCCUGGCAUGCUUUUUAAUUAGAAAUGUGAAUAAAGAUAUCUUUCUUUUAUUUUGUAAUUAAAGUUUGACUGGAAAACUUUCACUAAAACAAGUAUGUCCGUAUAAAGAAGUAUGCAGAAGUUAUGGUGCAUAACAAAGAUAAGGGAGAAACAAAACCGAAUUCAAAGAAAAUUAGAGGUUUGGGUCUCCAUCCAUAUCAGGAAGAGCGAAAAGAGAACAAAACAGAAGGAAAGGGAAAAAGCAUGGAAUAAAGAAAACCUAGACAUUUUAACUAUUGGUUUGCCAUUUUACCUUUGUGUUUUUGUUUUUUGGUAGGUAGCAGGGCUGUAAUCUAGUUGAGUUGGGCCACAUGUGGCUGUAGCUUGAAGGCCUCAGUAUGCUGAUGGUCCAGACAGCAAAUCGUGCACUCAGGCUGCUGCCAAACUGGGCCAAGAGUGUCUUAUCCGCAUGGAGUUACCCCUGUCAGGAACUUUGGGUCAUUUCUGCAGGCAAAAGUAUUUUUUUUAAGUGGGUAAUCGCUCAAAGCUGCUGAAGCUACACAUCUGUCUGGCCAUCUUAGAGGUCAAGCCCCGCCCCCCGACCCGAUGACUUUUUGCUUAAUAAACCAGAACACUGCAAUUUUGCAUACAGACAUGCCGUCUGUGUGAAAUAAUUUCUUCCCCCAACUAGUUGCCAGUCAAAGCUCACUGUGACCUGUUCUGCUUGGACCCAGGUGUAUGUUGGCCAUCAGGUGAAGUACCUCCUGGUAGGAAUUUAGUCCUACAAAACAGAAUUGAUGAUACCAACAGUUAUAGAUAAGUGAAUUUCAAGCAUUCAGUUCAAUUUUUUUAUUUUAAGUGAUUUCUUUAAGGGGGUAUAGAUGUUACUGUAUCGUUGAAAAUUAAAAAAGUACCUUUCUUCUAGGGGCUGCCAGACCCAAUUCAGUAAUUGAAUCUGUUUGAUCUUCUCUGUAUGCUGACACCGCAGUCUGUGUGCAUCCAAUGCCUUUCUAUAAAAAGCCAUAGAUUCAUUGCUACUGUUAGAUGUUCCUUGACUUGUUGGAUCAUGGCAAUUGCUGCACACUCUCCAUAUGUUCUCUGCUUUUCUAUGAGAAGUAAAUAUACUACAUUAAAGUCAUAAGGAGUGAUGUUUUAGCUGGAGUGAGGUAACUGUCCUCGCAAUGGGAUAAAGUUAAGUGUGUGUUUUUGUUUUGUAUUUUGGGCCCUUUAUAUUGUAUUUUGUUUAAUUUAAAACUUUCAGAACUUUUACAGGCCUGAGAGAGGAGGUAAGACAAAUUAAUGGAUGUAUCUGACACAAUUGGCGUCACAAACCACGUUCUAGUCACAUGCUGUCUGGGAGGGCUUCUUAUCAGAGCUGUUCAUACAAUGAGCUCUGAUGAAGUGCUUGUGUAUUGGCUUAAAUGCCUUGAAACUCAUCAAAAGUGCAAUAAAAGCAUGUUUAUAUGUCACAUGCUUGUGCAACACCCUGUUCAGUGUUCUGAAGGACUGAGGAAAAAGUGUCACAUUAAAAGAUCACUGUAGGGUCAGGAACACAAACAUGUAUUCCUGACACUAUAGUGCUAAACCCACCAUAUAGGUGGCUUGGCCCCCUAUAAAAGUUUCAAACUCUCCUUAUUUCCAGCGCUGCUUGGGUCUGCCGGAGCUGGCUCCGCCCCCUUUGUGACAUCAUCAAAACAGUCGAUUUUUAGCCAACCCAAUGCUUUCCCUAUGGGUGUAUGGGAAAGCAUUGGAUUGGCUAAAAUCUGCACGGGGGCAGGGCCAAAUGCUGUUUUGGCCAGUCAGGACCUCCUCAUAGAGAUGCAUUGAAUCAAUGCAUCUCUAUGAGGAAAAAUUCGGCAUCUCCAUGCAGAGCGUGGGGAUGCUGAACGGCAGGGCUGCUUACUGUGCAGCCUUGAGCCAGGUAGCCCCUCCAGUGGCCAUCUAAGGAGUGGCCACUUGGAGGUGUCCCUAGGGACAAUGUAAAUACUGCAUUUUCUCUGAAAAGGCAGUGUUUACAUGAAAAUGCCUGAAAGGAGCUAUUAUACUCACCAGAACAACUACAUUAAGCUGGUCUACACAUUGUACUGCAGGAGGAAUCCAUGAAACAUUAGGAGUUUGAAAAAUAAUUCUUGGGAAAAGUUGUAAAAGCACUGUCACUAUGGAAAACAAUGGAGUGUGCCUGCUGAUUUGACUUGCACAAUUACUCCUCCGUGCACCCGUUUGUUUGUUUCCCCCCCCCCCCUCUAUUUUUGUACAUUUUUAUUUUGGCAUGCAUGGAUACAUCACCGUGAAUGACAUGAGUUGGUAUUGUCCCCGUCUUGCUAAUGGGGAAGUUCUGGAUCUAGUUUAUCCUGUGUGUUGUCCGUGUUAUCCACUUUACUUUGUGAGAAUGAAGAGUCCGUUAUUUGAGCGGUUUAACCCUUAAGACCGCAGGGCGUUCUAUGCCGUCCCUAUUUGGAUGGCUCUAAACGCCACAGGGUGGCAUAGAACGCCCUGCGAUCUUAUGUACUUACCCGGUCGCCGGCGAUCGCGAUAUGGGUACUUACCUGGGAGCCCAGGAAGUCCCCCUCCGUCCUCUUUGGCCCCCCUGAGGGGACAGGUACUCCCCCCUGCUGUCUGAAAAUGAAAUAAAAUAAGUUAAAACAGUGUAAAAAUAAAUAAAUUCAAUAAAUAUACUGUCUACGGGGCGGUACUGUUUUACUUGGAAGACUUUGCUAAACACACAUAUUAGUGUUUCAAAACAGUAAAAUGUAUUACAACGACGAUAUUGUCAGUGAAAGUGACAUUUUUUGCAUUUUUCACACACAAAUGGCACUUACACUGACUAUAUAAUUGUUGUGAUACAUUUUACUGGUUUGAAACACUAAUAUUUGUGUUCAGCAAAGUCUCCGGAGUAUAACUGCACCCCUCAUGUACAGGUUUUAUGGUGUUUUCAAAAGUUACGGAGUCAAAUAUAAGGCUUGCGUUUCAGUUUUUUCACGUUGAAAUUCGCCAGGUUGGUUACGUUGCCUUUGAGACCGUACGGUAGCCCAGGAAUGAAAAUUCCUAUUCCUGGGCUACAAUACGGUCUCAAAGGCAACGUAACUAGCCUGGCAAAUUUCAAUGUGAAAAAAAAUGAAAAAUGUAACAUGUUAUAUUUGACCCUGUAACUUCCCAAAACACCAUAAAACCUAUACAUAGGGGGUACUGUUUUACACGUGAGACAUCGCUGAAUACAAAUAUGUGUAUUUUAUUGCAGUAAAAGCAAACAGUAUUUUGACAUACACAGUUAAAAUGUCAUGUAGAACUAAGAAAAUUUUUUAAAAAUCUUAUUUUCUCCUAUUUUUUAUAUUUUAUUCAUAUUAAAUCACGUUCUAUACCUAAAUAUUUGAUGUUAAAUGAAAGCUCUGUUUCUCCUGAAUAAAAUGAUAUAUAAUAAGUGUGGGUGCAUUUAAUAGGAAAGAGGUGAAUUACCCCUGGACAGACAUAUAGCGCAAAUGUCGGGUUUUGUUUACGUUUUGUUUUGAUCACAACUUGUGCAUUUGGCUGCGGUUUUAAGGUUAAAGCUUUUGUUGAAUUUUUUUAUUUACGAUAGUUUGUUCUAUUUUGGUCGUUUAUGUAAGUGUUAAUGGCUUUUAUUGGUCAUUGUUUAAGUACUUGGUUCCUGCAUAGUUAUAUACACUAGGUUUUUGCAGCAACCCUUAACUGAUAGUUGGCAAAGAACCUAGUUUUUCCUGUUUUAAAGUGUCCUAAUAGAAAACAAUUAAUGUAAGAUAUACAUGUGGCAGAAGGCUGAUCCUGCUAGCUGGAAAACAAUUUGGCCCAUAUCUCCUCUGUAUUUCACAGACUGAUGUGAUCCGGUUUAGUCACGUAUAAAGCCCUCAGCAAAUUGUCAACUGCUUGGGUAAGGUGUAAUGAUCUAUGCACAUAUUAGAAGUGAAGUUUUGCACAACUCUUUCUCAGUUAAAUGCUUUUUAUGGUGUAAUUCUGCUGCUGUUGAAAACAGCAAUGCAUCGGAUUUGAAUUCAUGAUUCACUUGAUAUAUCAUCAGACAAUAUCUGCUUUUAAUAUAUGUAUGUGAAACUGGAUGGUUAAAAAAGCAACUGACUAAUGCUUUGGAUUACCUUUUACUGUUUCUGUAGUUUGUUUUUAUAUAUAAGUAAUUACGACUCGUUUUAUUUUAGCGUGGAGACAUAGGCCUUAAUGUUCAAAUGAUUAAAUAGUGUUAGAAAAUUUCCAAAGUGUUUCUCUAAAAAAAUUCCCAUAGACCUCAAUGGCGAAUUCUGUUCAUAACUCACUUAGAAUUUUAUUUUAACCACAUCGAAUCAUUUGGAAAGCUUAUUAAAUAGAGGCCAUAAUGUUUAUAAUAUCUUGUAAUGUUCUGUAAAUGGUCUUACUACAGCAAUUUCACAUACCAUACUUACUGCUUUCUUUUUUUCCCCCCUCCUUUCUUUAGUGUUUAGUGUCAGUGAUGAGCGAUGGGGUAUGAUGUAACACGUUUCCAGGGUGAUGUGGAUGAAGAUCUCAUCUGCCCCAUCUGCAGUGGGGUCCUGGAGGAGCCGGUGCAAGUGAGUAAUAAACAUCCCUGUUUGCACUGCUAUAGACUAUUAAAGGAACAUUGAGGAACUAUUUCUUGUUAGAUGCGAAACACAUUCUGUUCGCUGACUAUUUAUUGUUCUUAGUGGUACUCUUCCCCUCUCCCCCUUUAUGUUUUGCCCGUGUUUGAAUCUCACUCCCCUUACACUUAUAUUUCGCUCUGUACUUUAUUGCCUUGUGUAGAACGUCUUCUUACAGUAAAUAAGCAAUUGCAAGAAACGUUCCUGCUGAUUUCCUUGGAUAUCUUAAUAUGUGCAGUUAAACUCCUUUUUAUCUUUGUUGGCUGAAUCAUUGUCACUUUCUAACUUGCAGUUCAUAAUAGGGAUAGACCGAUAAUAGGUUCGGCUGAUAUUCCGUAUUUUGGCAAAUAUAGGUAUUGGCCACUUUUGAUACCGAUAUUGCCGAUAAUGUGAGAGGCACGUCCAUAAGAGUUACUUGCAGGAAGGAAGAGCACAACGCUCCCCCAGUCACUCAGUGUAGCGUGGUUAAGCAGAGCGGACUACGGUACGGAAGCUUCUGUUUCUCACUGAGAGAGCACAUACUGUCAGUCCAGCUGGGUACAGGAAACGGAAGCUCCUGUACCGCAUUCCACGCUACAAAAGAGAUAAUGUGGCACACCAUAGAUGGGAGAGGACCAUUAAGGAGGGAGGGAGAUGACACACACUAAAGAACAGGGAGGAGGGGAGAGGACCACUGAGGGACAGGGAAGGGAGAGGUACACUAAGAAACAGGAAAGGGAGGGGAGAGGUACAAAAAGGGACGUGGAAGGGAGAGGAACACUAAAUAUUCUUGAAAACAACAAAAAAAAUCUGACUGGCAUGUAUAUUUUGUGCAUUUACCACACAAAAAAAAUACAGGGUAUCGUUAGGUUAUCGGCUAUCUGCCUAAAAGUUUAGAUUAUUGGCAUCGGUAUCUGCUCUAAAAAAAAUCCAUAUCGGUGAAUCCCUAGUUCAUAAUAAAUUUAAUGUGUCCAAAUUUCCUUCUACUUUUCCAUUAAGUUGAAGUGAUUUUGAUGUAUAGAUUGUCCCAUUAGUUGAAUAUGCUUAAAGGGACACUAUAGUAACCAGAACAACUGCAGCUUAAUGUCGUUUUUCUUGUGUCUAUAACCUGUCCCUGCUGGCAUUUUUAUGUAAAUACUGCCUUUUUAGAGAAAAAGCAGUGUUUACUUUACUGCCUCGGGCAUGGGUAGGCAACCUUUGGCCCUCCAGAUGUUGUGGACUAAAUCUCCCAAAAUUCUUACUGCUAUAAUACUGACAAAGCAUCAUGGGAGGUGUAGUCCAAUACAUCUGGAAUGCCAAAGGUUGCCUCCCCCUGGCCUAGGCAGUAAAGUAAACACUACUUUUUCUCUAGUGGCAGUCACUCACAUUGCCAUUAGAGGAGCUUUCGCUGUCAGUGAUGCAUAGUGUGCAGCACUAACAAUCAGCAUCUCCACGCUCUUGUGUAGAGUUAUUGUACGCUUCUCAUAGAGGAGCAUUGAUUCAGUGCAUCUCUAUAAGGAGAUGCGGAUUGGCCAAGCCUGCAGCCCCGUUCGGCGCUGGAAUAAAAAGGAAAAUUUGCUUCAUACUUACCGUAAUUUUCUUUUCCUGAUAAUUUAUUCAUGGCAGCAUUUACUCAUGGGGUUAGCUCCUCCCCUCACAGCAGAAAGGACAGGAAACAUAACACUGAAACUGGUAUAAAUAGAUCCUCCCCCUUCCCAUCAGGCAGUCUUUGUUAUCUAGCUUUACAACUCUUAUAGUAUAUGGGUGGGAACGUAAUGCUGCCAUGAAUAAAUUAUCAGGAAAAUAAAAUUAUGGUAAGUAUGAUGCAAAUUUUCCUUUUUCCUGACCAUUAUUCAUGGCAGCAUUUACUCAUGUGUAAGACCCAAGCUGAAUAUAUCGAGGGAGGGACAGAGUUCAAAAACAGCUAAUAGUUAUAAAACCAUUAUUGGGCUGCAUAAACCUUAGACUUUAAAAAAGCCAAACCAGUAAUCAAUAGGAUAUUGUUAUAAAAUCUGUUCAGACACAGUAAUUUACCCUAACGGCUCCCAGGUCUGCAACCUCCUGGCAUUCAAAUGUCUGAAAUAUCCUGAAAGGGCCAGAUAGGAAUUAAGGCCAUGACAGCCAAACCUAGAGAAGGAACAAUGCUAGGCAAACUCUCGUAAGCAAUAAGGAACCCAUCUUGUGAUGGAUUUAAAAAAAAAAAAAAAAAAUUUUUUAAACCAAUGGAUGACAUCAUCAAAUCAGAACCUUAAUAAAGGCAUAACUUCCAGAUAUCAUACUGGAACAAGCAGAUAUUAUUGGAUGAGAACAGUCACACCAUGCUAUUAAACAUGGGGAGAAUUACACUGAGAAUCCUACUACUUUCUGGAUGUAUUUUACUUACCUGUAGAUACAGGAAACAAAUCAAUAUUUGCCUGUCAGAGGCAGAGCGUAAUAAUGAAUAUAUUACAAAACCAGACUCUCAAUACCUCACACUGUGGAUGAAUUGAUACAGCAGUGAUCAGUCACAGGAGAGGUAUAAACCUAGGCAAAGGCAAGAAGAAUCAUAUACUAUUAGUUGAAGACAAAAAUAAAUAUCUGUAUGAACCGUAGAAAUUGUGGCAACUACUAAAUUAUAAGUAGGCCAACCACGUCAGUACCUACAUUCAAAUAUAAACAUAUUGUAAAUAGUACAGAUUAUGCUAAACCGUAUAGUCAAAUUUAUUAGAGACUAAUGUGCAAUAUAAUAGGAGAUAUGGAAUAGGCAGGAUACUGAUGAGAAGGUGGUAACCAGAGGCACAUUAUACACUGUGGCAACAGACACAUAAUAAGCAGGAUAGUAGGAGAUAUUCUGUUAUCCUUAGAACAAACAACCGCAUACUUACUCUUACCUUAUCUUCAGAUAGUGAAGAAGUACUGUGGCAGAGCCUAUGGUGAUAAUAAUCAGUUUGUUUUAUUUGCAGGAUAUCAACACCAAUCCAAGCAUAUAAUCCACAGGUAUUACCUCCAUGCGAUGUUAGGAGAUACCAUAAUUUAUACCGCUCUAGGUACAGAGACCAUGUAAAACAUAUCAGUCAAAUGUUUGUCCUCAACAAGCUGCAUUACAUUAUAUUAUGCAGGAUAAAUCAACCACUUAGUCACACAUUGGUUGCAAAUUCCAGAUAUAAAGUGUAGCGGAUGGCAUUGGGCUGUCCUCAAGAAUUCGUGGUAAAAAUGUAAUCGUGCAAUUAUUAACAUGUAUAACUAUAAGUGUAUGUAGCUUUCGUCUGCUUGUUCGGUAGUUUUCCUUCCGUUUUCAUACGAAUGAAACUACUGAACCAUCAGACCACCCCAAUGAGAAGUGUGUACCUCGUUAAGCUUUCACACUCUGUAACCGCAGCUUAAUUGACCGUGAAAUUGCUACUUUAUGUGUAUCUGUGUGGUCGCCGUUCGGCAUACGAACCGCGUUGCAGCGGCCAUCUUACGCAAGAACAUCUCAGCAGUGUUUGGUCGUCGAGUGUCUGGAACUCAAAUCUGACACUCAAACACCCGAACACCACUGAGACCUCCAGAGCUCCAUAACUCACGAACGGAGGGGCCAGUCAGCCCCUCGUUCGGUAAAAUAAAUGUACCAAACAAGGGAAUACAUACGAAUGAGAUUAGCUGUGGAUGGCAAGUAUUACUGUGUGUUUUAACUACCAAACGGAGACCGACCGCAGGGCCAAAACACAUCGAGCCCUUUUCGGAUACUACCUCGUGUGCGGUUGGUCAAAUUUCACCUUCCAUCUAACGCCCGAACCCCUGGUCCGAUCUGAGUGAAUUUUGACAAUAGUAAAAAUGUAAUAUAAAAUAUAAAUGAAUUGUAAAAUAAAUAGUUGGCAGUAGUCCAAAACACAUAAGUGUUUCGGACUACUGCCAACUAUUUAUUUUACAAUUCAUUUAUAUUUUAUAUUACAUUUUUACUAUUUUAUACUAUUUAUUAUAUACAAUUUUUAUAUGUUUUAUUGUAUAUUUUAGGUGCAACCUUAUCUUGUUUUGUAUUUCUUCUUACCAUUUGGGGACUAUAGGGGACUCCCCUUUGAGGUUUGCAGCCUUUCUACUAUUAUUAUUUUCUUGUGUGGCAGCCUAGCGCUGAUUUCUCCCUUUCCAUUUCAUUUCCUUAUUGUAGCAGGAGAAUUUUACCUGAGAUAGUAAACCCGGUAGAAUGGUCUGGGGACUGGAAAGAUCUUGCAAUACACAGCAUUAAAGUUACCUGGAGUAUGAGCCUAAAAGAAUACCUUUUUAUUACAGAAAGGAAUUAUAAUGUUGCCCUUCACAACAGGGGAAUCUGUCAGAAUUGUCUGAUCAUUAACUCCUUAAGAACCAAAAGAAUGCCACCCCUGACAUAUACUAAACGGGAUUGCCAAACUUUUUCAGGUCCCCAAGGUAUGAGAGAAUACUGAAUAUAAAAUUCAGUACAUUCUCCAAAUUAUAAAGAUUGUGCUUUAAGGAGAUGUACUCAGUUCUAAAGAAUAUGUUAAACCAAUUCCAGAGAAUGGAGCUAAAACUGAAUAAAAAUAUAAACCAGACCAGGAGUAGUGAGUUUUUCAGAGUAGAAGCUUGCAGAAAAUACAAUGAUACUAAAGUUAUUACCAGGUGAAAGAAAAGGCCAAUAUGAACAGCUUUUAAAUUCAGUCACCGUAUAUACUAGAGUAUAAGUCAACCCAAAUAUAAGUGGAGACCCCUAAUUUUACCCAAAAAAACUUAUUGACUCGAGUAUAAGACUAGGGUGGGAAAUGCAGCAGCUACUGGUAAAUUUCUAAAUAAAAUUAGAUCCCCCCAAAAUUAUAUUAAUUGAAUAUUUAUUUACUGUGUGUGAUGCAGAGCCUUGGUGGGGGGUGGGCAUUUUUAUUUUUUAAAAUUAUUUUAAUAUUUUUUUUUUUUUUUUAUAUUUAAAUUUUUUUCGUCCCCCCUCCCUGCUUGUUAGCUGGCCAGGGAGGGGGGCUCUCAUUCCCUGGUGGUCUAGUGGAUGGGCUGUGUAGGAGGGGGGCUGGCAGAGAGCUGUUACUUACCUUUCCUGCAGCUCCUGUCAGCUCACUUCUCUCUCCUCCGGUCCGGUCAGCUCCCCUGCAAGUCUCACGGUGUGAGUGCCGUGCGGAGCGUUGCCACGGUAACCUGUGGCAACGCUCUGACCCUGCAGCUCUCGCAAGACUUACAAGGGAGCUGUCUGGACCGGAGGAGAGAGAAGGGAGCUGACAUGACUCUAGUAUAAGACGAGUGGGGGGUUUUCAGCACAAAAAAUGUGCAGAAAAACUCGUCUUAUAAUAGAGUAUAUACGGUAAAUUAGAUUUUAGAAAGAAAGGAAAUAUACCAGUGAAAAUAGUCAGCUAAUUGCUUCAGAGUUACCUACUUGUGAGAUCAAUAAAUAGCCCAAUGUGUGCUCCUGCAAUCAGCAUAAAUCCUGUAUAAAUACAUAGAUGUGCACACACAAAAGCAUUAAUUCUGAUGAACAUUACCAUGCUCCCUUUUUGGAAAUUCAGGUCUCCUCUCCUGGAAGAGGCACUCAGACAGGUUCAGUAACACCUGCAAUCUAUUUAAAGUUGUAAAAUGUGUUAAUUGCUUAUCCUGAAACACCUGAAGGAGAAGGAAUCUAAUACAAAGACAAAAGCAGUAUGUUUCCUUAUCUACUUCAUUUAAAAAACUGAAAUAGAAAAUCCACAGUAGGCAAUGGUUCCUUACCCAGUGUAGCAGUGCAUUUGUUUUUGCUAGAAUGGGCUGUAUUACAUUUCCGUGCAAAUCCCAGACCUUAGAUCAUUUGUAUUAUUAAAUCUACCAAGGCUGUGUAUAAACCUGCAUACAGAAUAUAUGAAUCACAUACAUUGUGGAAUCUAGCUUCCAAAUCACACACAGAAGAGAAAAUAGCACAGUCAGUAAAAAAGGGGGAUAAAACAUUUUUUAGAUACAUAAAUGAGAAAAGAAAAGUAAAACAAGGAUUAGUUAGAUUAAAAACAAAAGAAGGAAGGUAUGUAGAAGAGGAUAAAGGUCAGGCUGACUGCCUCAAUGAAUAUUUUUGUUCUGUAUUUACAGAAGAAAAUGAAGGAAAGGGACCUCAGUUGAGAAAAAGGAUAAAUUAGUCAUUUAUUACACGUGAGUUUACAGAGGAAGAGUUCUAUUUCAACUGUCAAAAGUAAAGACAAGUCAAUGGGACCUGAUGGAAUACACCCAAAGCUAUUAAAAGAGCUUAGUGGUGUACUAGCAAAACCAUUAACAGAUUUAUUUAACCAAUCAUUGUUAACAGGAGUAGUCCCAGAAGAUUGGAAGUUAGCGAAUGUUGUGCCCAUUUACAAGAAAGGUAAUAGGGAGGAGUCGGGCAACUAUAGGCCAGUAAGCCUUACUUCAGUAGUGGGGAAAGUGAUGGAAACCAUGUUAAAGGAUAGGAUUGAUGAACAUCUAAAAACACAUGGAUUUCAAGAUCAGAGACAACAUGGGUUUACUUCAGGGAGAUCAUGCCAAACUAAUCUUAUUGAUUUUUUUGAUUGGGUAACUAAAAUUAUAGAUCAGGGUGGUGCAGUAGACAUUGCUUACCUAGAUUUCAGUAAGGCUUUUGACACUGUUGCACAUAGAAGGCUUAUCAAUAAACUGCAAUAUUUAUGUUUGGAUUCAAAUAUUGUUGAAUGGGUAAGGCAGUGGCUGAGUGACAGGCAACAGAGGGUUGUAGUUAAUGGAAUAUAUUCGAAGCUUGGACUUGUCACCAGUGGGGUACCUCAGGGAUCUGUACUUGGACCCAUUCUCUUUAAUAUUUUUAUUAGUGAUAUUGCAGAAGGUCUUGAUGGUAAGGUAUGUCUUUUUGCUGAUGAUACUAAGAUAUGUAACAGGAUUGAUGUUCCAGGAGGGAUAAGCCAAAUGACAAAUGAUUUAGGUAAACUAGAAAAAUGGUCAGAAUUGUGGCAACUGACAUUUAAUGUGGAUAAGUGCAAGAUAAUGCAUCUUGGACGUAAAAACCCAAGGGCAGAGUACAGAAUAUUUGAUAGAGUCCUAACCUCAACAUAUGAGGAAAGGGAUUUAGGGGUGAUUAUUUCUGAUGACUUAAAGGUAGGCAGACAAUGUAAUAGAGCAGCAGGAAAUGCUAGCAGAAUGCUUGGUUGUAUAGGGAGAGGUAUUAGCAGUAGAAAGAGGGAAGUGCUCAUGCCAUUAUACAGAACACUAGUGAGACCUCACUUGGAGUAUUGUACACAGUACUGGAGACCGUAUCUUCAGAAGGAUAUUGAUACCUUAGAGAGGGUUCAGAGAAGGGCUACUAAACUGGUUCAUGGAUUGCGGGAUAAAACUUACCAGGAAAGGUUAAAGGAUCUUAACAUGUAUAGCUUGGAGGAAAGACGAGACAGGGGGGAUAUAAUAGAAACAUUUAAAUAUAUAAAGGGAAUCAACACAGUAAAGGAGGAGACUAUAUUUAAAAGAAGAAAAACUACCACAACAAGAGGACAUAGUCUUAAAUUAGAGGGACAAAGGUUUAAAAAUAAUAUCAGGAAGUAUUACUUUACUGAGAGGGUAGUGGAUGCAUGGAAUAGCCUUCCAGCUGAAGUGGUAGAGGUUAACACAGUAAAGGAGUUUAAGCAUGCGUGGGAUAGGCAUAAGGCUAUCCUAACUAUAAGAUAAGGCUAGGGACUAAUGAAAGUAUUUAGAAAAUUGGGCAGACUAGAUGGGCCGAAUGGUUCUUAUCUGCCGUCACAUUCUAUGUUUCUAACAGCACCUUAUGCCCAGAUAUAUCAGUCACAUAUACGGAGUCUGUUCAAACAGUAAUCAUACAUAGCCUGCAUCUGCUAUAGAGUGACACGGUGCUUGCACACAUAUUAAGUUUACAUGAGGGAGAUAAAUUGAGGCCGUGUUGUAACAGGACUUCAUUCACAUAUUCUACCACUCAUAUAUACUGAGGUUGUGACUAACAACCCACACUUAGAGCCAGUAUUAGAAUAGACUCAGAGGAUGUGUCUUAUAUCAUUCACAUAUAUUGUGUUUCCAUUAAUACAUCAAGCAUAUAGGUAACAGAUGCACUAUAGUCUAUACUUAUACUGAGGCGGUGUCCUCACAGCAACUCAUACAUCAUAAUAACUCAUACAUAGAGCAUAUAUAGUGGGUACAUAUACCGAGGCUGUGUCCUCAUAGUAACUCAUACAUACAGCAUAUCCACUAAUACAUCCAUACCAAUUCAUACAUUAGAGCCUAUAGUGGAAACAUACCAAAGCUGUACCACAACCAGUUCAUGUACAGAUACUGAGGCCCAGAGAUCUCAUAUGCAGAAAUUCUACCACUCUCUGGAAAAGCCUGCUUUUUUUGCGAUAAUUCACAAAUAACUGCAAUCAAUGCCACAUGCCUUGAUAAAAACAAGUGUGUGGACUUAUUUUUAGGUUUUUAAAACCUGUCCUAUACAUGUGUGUACUUCAGACAUCCAGGAAAGAUGUCUUACCUUGGAUAUUACUCUGUCUUCAGGACUGUGGAAUUCCAGCAGACUUUUUCCAGCCAGGAUAUACAUUAUUAGCACUCUUUUUCAGAAUGCCUCCUUGCAUUAUCAGCACUCUUUUUUGCACCAAGCAUGUAUAAACUUACCUAAAUGCUUACCACACAAACCUCCUUAAUGUGACCUAUUUGUUAGAAGGAAGCCUAAUGUAAGCAGCUGGGAGGGACUGAAAAAAAAGAGACCCAGGUGCCUAUACUAGCUUUAAUCUAAAUUACUAAUGCACUUACCUGAACAGUUGCAGGCUUGUGUUUCAGCGGCCAAAUGGGGAUUUGAACAACUGACAGCCUAAACUGUUUAAACUAUAGGCUUCCAUCUGUACCCCAUAUGCCGUUCAUCACCACCAGUUGGAGAAGGUGUAAACCAAACCCAAGUAGAAUACAUAGAAUAGGUAGUCCCCUUAUGCAAGUGCUGUUUGCUGGGUCUUCAGGGAUAAAGGCUUAGACUCGGCUGGGCCUCAUGUAUGCAGUGAACCGCUGUCAUUACUUCUGAGAGAGAGAUAAGUUAGACUCCUGGUUGUUGAAGUAGGUACCCAGGCUGGCGACUCUUACAGAUGUGCUGUUUGCUGUGUCUUCAGGGAUAAGAGGCUGAACCCUGGCAUGCAGUGGACCAUUUUCAUCCCCAUAGGGAGAGGUUGGGUCCGACCCCCGGUCACUAAAGGGGGUACCCAGGCUGGCUACCUUACAAUAGUGCUUUGCUGGGUCUUCAGGGUUUAGAAGCUGAACCCCGGCAGGGCUACAAAAAUAUUACCUGGUGAGCAUAAAAGAAAAUCUAAGCCUGCAUAAACAGACUCCUUCCAAACUGCUGUGCAGGACAGGAAAAAAAGACUGCCUGAUGGGAAGGGGGAGGAUCUAUUUAUACCAGUUUGAGUUCUGUUUCCUGUACUUUCUGCUGUGAGGGCAGGAGCUAAUCCCAUGAGUAAAUGCUGCCAUGAAUAAAAAGGUACGUUUAUUACCUUUUUAAGAGGGCCGUACACCUAAACUAUGUUUAACACUGAGAUAUACUUUGCCACUUUCUUUUACAUCAACAUCAAUGUAGGGUAAUAACUGCUUGAUCCAAGGAUAAAUCUGACUGCCAUUCUGGGGUCAAGAAGGAAUUUUUUUCCUAGCUUGUUGCAAAAUUGUGCUUCAAACUGGGUUUUGUUUUUUUGCCUUCUUUUGGAUCAACCGCAAAAACAAAUUUGACAUAGAACAGGAGAAGGUUGCAACAUUUUCAGGUUUACAAAUAUAGAACAGUUUGUAGUAACAAAAAUGAAAAACUGACUUGAGGGAUUUUUAUUUCUAUAUUUUACGGUAUUUAAUAGUCUAAUGCUGCAAGUAUGCUUAAUUUACAACUCUUGCCUGUGCCAGAGGGCAGUAAACUCAGUGAGUGCAUAUUACAACAUCAGCAUCUGCAAGAAUACUUUGCAAUUCUGCCAAGUGGGCAUUUUAAUACCCCUGUGGGAAUAUGCAAGUGCCGGUCACAUGAGCCAGCCCAUCGUAUCAUUGCUUCCGCCCUACCUGUCUUACUUGUGUCUUGGGGCAGUGGCUAGAUCCUUCAAUCAUUUCAACAUUCAGAAAAAUACACAUCCCAGCUGCAUAUCGUCAAGGUAAUACUGUUAUUUUUAAGUAGUAUAAUAUAGCUUACAAUGCUAUUUUUUUGUCCUAUCGGCACUACAAAGUUUACCCAUUUAGUUGCUGCUUUCAGUUAUCUGCUAUUGUCGUUUUUUUUUUUUUUUGUUUUUUUUUUAAGAUUUAAAUGCGUGAUUUGUCAAUGUAAGAACCAUUUGGUCAUAUUAAUGUAUCCGUUUCCUUUUCUGAUUGUUAUUCUAUGAGGUUAUUGGUUUCCAGUUUGAUACCCAAACCUGAUUCUUAUAAAAUUUUGAGCAUGUCUGUUUUGAUAAAAUUGCGAAAUAGAAAGUGCCUAGUAUCAAUCUUGAUUCUAUCCUUAUUAUGAUUUCAUGUAACAUGGACACCUUGUUGGAAAAACAUUACAGUGAAAGCUUGUCAGGCAGUAGUCCUACUUAAAUAGCCCUGAUCCCAACUGUCAAAUAGCUGUUAUGUCCCAAGUCUUCAGAUAAGCAUAAGUCAAUGUCCGUUACGUAUCUAGUAGGCAUGACCUGGCACUGUUGACUAAAAAGCUAGUUAUUUAAGGUUAAUGUUCUCAUCCAUACUAGUAACUGGCUGUAAGCCAUAAAUUACUUUGUAUGCUUACUACCAUAAGCUAUAUAAGCAUAAUUUUAUUUUCUCGGUAAAUAGAUCUGCUGUAACAUAUGAUCAUAUGAUAGUUGUUCAAUACAUCUCGGGAUAUAGUUUACCUUAGGAUAGUUUCUCUAGAUAGUUUUGCCAAAUUCACACUUUAACCCUUGUUGUACCAACGUUUGAGCACUACAUUAAACUUGUAAAUUAAUUUGAGUAUGCAUAAUCCAAUAUACAAACAUUGUAUAUUCUAUAUAUAUCCCUCUCUCUCCCCCUCUCCCCCUCUCCCCCAAACCUAAUUUAAUAUGAAUAAAAUAUAUAUAUAUAUUAAUUUUUUUUUUAUUUUUUUUUUAAGGGGGGACAAUCCACCUAAAUGGAAGUUUUCACAUGAUAGUAUCAGGAAUACGUUGCGCUAUAGUGUUUCCUUAAGACCUAAGAAUAUAUUAAACCGGGGUUUAAAUUUGAGACUUGUUGUCUGCUAGCCCUCACAUAUACCUCUCCAGAAUGGAAAUUACCAAUGUACGCUAGCACUCGAGAAGGACUUAUGUCUGUCAUCGCGUAAGAAAAGAUGAGGAAAAAAGUCUAAAGAGGAAAAAGGGGCAUUUCCACCCCUAUGUAUGUAUGUAUGUAUGUAUGUAUGUAUGUAUGUAUGUAUGUAUGUAUGUAAGUAUGUAUGUAUAUAUAUAUAUAUAUAUUUGGAAAUGGGAAAGGGUGUGUCGUAUGACAAUUGAGAGGCAGGCUCAAAAACUGUGGAAGCACAUGUUAUCCUAGACCUCUUUCCUGUACAUGUUGAUAGACAGUCACACCAAAUAUAUAAAAAAAUGUUUGACUAGUUAAAAUAGUUGUGUUGCUUUCCCCCCCCAUUAUAUAUGUCACUAUAGGAACCAGUACCAGCAAAACUUGCUUUGUUCAUUUAUAUGUUAAAAAAUAAUUCUAAAAGCUGUUCUUCGUUCCACAGGCUCCGCACUGUGAGCACGCCUUCUGCAAUGCUUGCAUCACUCAGUGGUUCUCCCAGCAGCAGACGUGUCCAGUGGACCGCAGUGUUGUGACUGUUGCCCACCUGCGCCCAGUCCCCCGCAUCAUGCGGAAUAUGCUCUCCAAGCUGCAGAUUACAUGCGACAACGCAAUUUUUGGCUGUACAACAAUUGUGCGACUUGACAACCUCAUGUCUCACCUCAAUGACUGUGAACAUAAUCCAAAGCGGCCAGUGACGUGUGAGCAAGGAUGCGGGUAAGGGUUUCUGUUUGUGAAGCAGAAUUAAUUACAUCAUGGCUAUGAAUAAAUCCUGCAGCGCACAUGCCUAUUAUUCUAUCUUAAUGGGUAAUAUGGGGCAAGGGAGCGUAGGAGUUGUCUGUUUUCAUGUAUUCUACAUUUACCUACACAUGUUUUCAUCCAAUGUGUGUGUUGAUUUACAGUCAUUAGUUCUGAGGGUUUUUAUUAUUAAAGGACCACUCUAGGCACCCAGACCACUUCAGCUUAAUGAAGUGGUCUGGGUGCCAGUUCCUUCAAGGGUAUACCCAUUUUUUCAUAAACAUAGUUUCAGAGAAACUGCUAUGUUUAUCAAUGGGUUAAGCCUUCCCCCAUUCCCUCUAGUGGCUGUCUCAUUGACAGCCACUAGAGGCGCUUGCGUGCUUCUCACUGUGAUUUUCAGUGAGAGCACGCCAGCGUCCAUAGGAAAGCAUUGAGAAUGCUUUCCUAUGUGACUGGCUGAAUGCGCGCGCAGCUCUUGCCGCGCGUGCGCAUUCAGCCGACGGGACGGGACGGGGCGGAUCGGAGGAGGAGAGGAGGCAGAGAGCUCUCCGCCCAGCGCUGGAAAAAGGUAAGUUUUACCCCUUUCCAGAGCCGGGCGGGAGGGGGACCCUGAGGGUGGGGGCACCCUCAGGGCACUAUAGUGCCAGGAAAACAAGUAUGUUUUCCUGGCACUAUAGUGGUCCUUUAAUCUUUAAUUUAAAAGUUGAUUUACGCCUUAAAGGGACACUAGUUACCAAAAUAACAUUAGCUUAAUGAAGCAGUUUGUGUAUAGAUCAUGCCUCUAAAGUUUCACUGCUCAGUCCACUGCCAUUUAGGGGUUAAAUCACUUUUGUUUCUCUUUAUGCAGCCCUAGCCACACCUUCCCUGGCUGUGACUGACAGUCUGUAUGAAAACAAAUGGUUUCACUUUCAAUAACACACAAUCAGAUGUAAUUUACUUUAAACAUUCUUGCUUUUUAAUUCAAAAUCCUAGGGUGUAGCUAGCAAGCUAUUAACAGAGCAGGAGAUAUGAAAUUCUAAAUUAAACAGAAUUAGCAAUAAAAAAAGUAUAAACAUUCAAUUACUCUUUAAAGGAAAUGUUUAGAAAGGCUGUGUAAGUUACGUGCAGGGAGAUGUGCCUAGGGCAGCAUAAACAAAGUGAUUUUCCUCCUAAAUACAUUUGUUAAUGUGUUUCUGGUAUCAGAUUUGAUAUAAUUCAAAGCUGAAAACAACUGCUCACAAGCAUAAGAUGACCCAAACAACGAAAGAAGAGCAAUUCCAAGUGCUUUCAUUGACUUAAAAUUAUUCUGCAGAGAAUUCCACACUUGAAGGAUUUCAUUUUCAGAACUUUGAACUGUGCUGUCCUUUGUCAUCCCUUUACAUUCUAUCUUCUCAAGUGUGGUACGCAGGGCAUAGAAUUUAUUUUUCCAGUUAGUUUCUUGAAAUACUAAUGGCUCCAUUUCCAGAUUUCCUAAAACUAACCAGUGUAAGCAGGAAAUAUCAAGCUCUUCAUAUUUGGCUUUAUCUAGAGAACUUUCCAGAAUUGCAUGAAUCUGUUACUAAAAUUCUCCUUAGCAGCUGCUACAGUGCUAGAAAGUUCCUUGUGGAUUUCCUGAUGGAUUGGAGGAUUGUUAAUAAAUAUUGUAGAAUUUUCCAAAUGUAUUUUUAGAUUUGGAAAGUAUUUUAGCUGCCCACUUUCAAUGUCCUUCAAAAACGUGCUGUUUUCCCUACACCUUGCAGUUUUUGUUCAGUUCAUGGAAGUGUGCUGUAAAAUCUGUAAAAACAAAAACAGGAAGUUGGUAAACCAGGCCGUAUCUGUGAGCUGGGGAUAUUCUUGCCCCUUUUCAUUCAUAAACAGCCUAAUUUAAUCCAAGCAAGCCACAAAUCUCUCCAGGACUCUCCACCGGACAUUAUUGUACAUAAGUAAAGUAUUAUACUGUGCAUGUACCUCAUCAAGAAGUGCUUGAAACUGUCGAAAAAUAAGAGCACGAAGAGUAAUUCACCAUUUUUGUGAGAUCUUUGAAGAUAUCUUGUAAUGUUUUGCUGCGGUCACUUUCACAAAGAUCUUCUUGGUGUAUAAUACAAUGAAACUAAAUGACUGGAUGUUUUUGCUUCUUUAACAAAGAACUGUAUGAAACCAGAUGUUGCCCCCAGCAUGCAAGGUGCUCUGUCACUAGUUAUUGAAACCACUUUUUCUGGUUUUAUUUCUUGUGCCAAAAAGCCUCCAUCACAGCAUUGUGGAUAUCUAUUCCUUGUGUUCUUCUAUUCAAGGACAACAGUUUCAACAGCUCUUCUCUCAUGUCACCAACAGCAUAACGCAAAAUUACUGCUAGCCUUGCAUGAUUAUUUAUAUCUGUGCUUUCAUCCAAGCACAUGCAGUAACAGGCUGCCUUUUGUAAAUCAGUGGAGAGCUGCUGACUAACUUCACUUCGCAGUACUCGAUUUUUAACAGUAUUUCUGCUAACGGGCAUCUCAGAGAUGCGUUGCAUAAUUUUAUCCUUGUUUGAGAAAUCAUGAAAAGGGAACUACUCCCAGCCAACAUGGCCAUUUUGAUAAAAUCCCCAUUAGAGAGAGGCUUGCCAUGUCUUGCUAUGCACAGUGAAAUUUGAAAGCUGGCAACUGUCAGAUGAUUUGAUUUAGAAAGAUAGUUGGAAAAACUAUGCUACUGGGAGUGAUAUUUCCUCAAUGUCUCCUUAAACGCUUUCCUUCAGAUUCUCCAAAUUCGACAACACUUUUGUUGGUUGGUGUCAAAGUGACAUCUAACACUUGAUGUGCUGGACACAACACUUUCACUACACAGAAUACAUAACGCUUUUCUAUUGCGUUAAAUCACUCCAAAUGAUUCUGUCCAAGCCUCUUGGAAUGAUCUUCCACUAUCUGUUUUAAGUUUAGCUUUUUUGGCUGUACUAAUUUUUUUGGUUUGUGACUCGAGGUCUAUACUCAUACUUGAUACUUGUCAUUUAUUACCACACUGCAAGGUUUGACAGUUGUAGCAAGCUGGUGAGUGACAUGCAACCUCGCAGUGUGGUAAUAAGUGAUGUCUCUUUUUGUGUUUGGUGGAGUUAGAUGCAGAGACAGGGGACUGGAAGCUUCAUUUUGGCGGCUGGUAACGGUUAGGAUUUUUUUUCUGGUCUAUUUCAUAUGUGGGGCUUGUCACUAAGGCUGCAAAAAUUGGCAUGUUACAGUGGCUCUUUAAGCCCUUAGUGAUCGCUCCCUCCAAUGCUCUGCCAGUACUGAGUGCCUAGAGGGGUCGAGGCACUCAGUAAUAGUUAAAAAAAAAAAAAAAAUUAAAAAAAAUUAACCCGAUUGGUCUUCUUCUGAGGGGGACUCUCUGGGCUGAGCCAGUCACAUGACCAGAAUAGGUGUCCACAGUGCUGCCACAAGGGGGACUGCCUGAACUGACCACUGCUGCUGGAGGUGAAAAAGUAAAAAUAAAGUUAAUAAAAGCUUUUUGUUUUUUAAAAAAAUGUAAUAAAAAAAAAAAAAUAUAUAUAUAUAUAUAAUUCAAUCAUACUAAGUGUAUUUUUUUAUCACCAUGCUCACAUUGCUGCAAUAGGACUCUAGGAGCUGCCAGCAGGGGGACUGUCUGAGCUGUCAGGCUCAGUCUUUUAAAAAGUAAAAACAAAAUAUACAUAUAUUAUAUAUGUAUAAUAUAUGCACAUAUAUGAUUUCAUUAUGUGUACUUUGAGAUGUAUACACAUCUCAAAAUACACUUAUAUAAUGCAUAUAUAUGAUUUCAUUAUAUGUAUAAUAUACUAAAAUUAAAGUGUGUGUGUGUAUAUAAUUUUUUUAUUUUUUUUAUAUAGAAAAGCAAAUAAAAACGCUAACUUUGUGACUAAGUGGCUACUACAAAAGACUGAACAUAUCCCAUUUUGGAUACCCUGGGUUGGGUUAUCUACAUUUGAAAAUGGUAUGCCAUGAUGGGCACAGACCCAGCAAACUGGCGAAUCUGGCAAACUGAAUUGGGCAAGCUCUGUAACUUUAAAAAACACCAUAAAACCUGUACAUUGGAGGUAUUGUUAUUCUCAGGAGACUUUGCUGAACACAAAUAUGAGUGUUCUAAAUCAGUCAACUUAUCACGACUGAAAUCACCAGUAAAAGUGCAGUUUUGGUGUAAAAAAAUAAACACUAACUUUGGUCAGCAUUUGUGGCAACUAAAAGACUGGACAUACCUCAUUUUGAAUACCCCUGGUUGUCUACUUUUACAAAUGGUAUGCCAUGAUGGGUUCACUUUUUAAUUCCUAGGCUGCUAUACGGUCUCAAAGGCAACAUAGGCCCAGCAAACCAAUCUGGCAAAUUUCAAUGGGCAAACAAUUCACCCCUGUAAGUUUGCAAAAACCCAUAUAUACCUUUACUUCGGGGGCACUGUUGUACUCUGGAGAUGUUGCUAAACACAUAUUGGGGUGUUAAUUUGUCAGCAACACAUAACAGGAACUGAGAAUCCAUGCCUAAAGUACAAUGUGAGAGAAAAAUUACACAAGAACGACUACCCAAAAGGUUGACAAAGACUUGUGGUAGACUUAGUGCAUGGAAAGUGUUAAAAUACCACCAUUUGAAAUACCCUAGGGCAGGGGUAGGCAACCUUUUAGCAGCACUGUGUCGACAUAAGAUUGUGAUGUACCGUAGCAUGCUGGUGUGUAUGUUGCCAUAUUCUGCUUGUUAUUUAUACUGCAGUUGUUUUGUAUCGUUGGAUUUGUGCGUAUAUGAGCGGUUAUAUUGUACAUGUUCACAAGUAGUUUCUUGUGUCGUGUAUGAUACAUAUGAAUGUGGGCUGUGUAUGGGGGCUGCUUGUGAAAUUGUGUGUGUGGAUGGAUAUAUAUCACAUUGUGUGUUUUGUGGUUUGUGUAUGUGUGGGGCUGUUUGAGGUAUUCCAUGUGAGAGCCUGCAUGUGGGCUUGUGUGCAAAUAGGACAUGGGUGCGUGAUGACCUGGAAAACUGGAAUGCGCACCUUCCAAAUAAGGUAUUUUAGCCCCCAGAGAAAUUACACACCUAUACAUGGGGGUAUCACUGUACUCAGGAGAUGUUGCUGAACACAUAUUGGGGUGUUCUUUGGCAGUAACCCUUAAAGGGACACUAUAGUCACCAGAACAACUACAGCUUAUUGAAUUUGUUCUGGUGUGUAGAAUCAUUACCUUCAGGCCUUUUGCUGUAAGAGAAAAUGCAGUGUUUACAUUACAGCCUAGUGAUAACUUCACUGCCCACUCCUCAGCUGUUAGAGAUCCUUCCUGGGUCAUGGCUGCCUAAAAUGCAUCCAAACAUUCAGUAUCUCCUCCCUCUGCAUGCAGACACUGAACUUUCCUCAUAGAGAUUCAUUGAUUCAAUUCAUCUCUAUGAGGAGAUGCUGAUUGGCCAGGGCUGUGUUUGACAAAGAGGGAGAUCAGGGGCAGAGCCAGCAUGAUUCAGUCUCAGCCAAUCCUAUGGGGAAGCAUUGUGAUUGGAUCAGGCCACCACUUCUGAUGUCAGCAGACUGCCUGUUUUUCUGAGGCAAACAGCAUGCAGAGUUACAGCUUCAGACUUGAAUACAGUAAGAUGUUGCUAUAUUUAUGGAGGCAUGAGGGGCUCAGGGGGGCUAGAUGGUGGUUUUAAUACUAUAGGGUCAGGAAUACAUGUUUGUGUUCCUGGCCCUAUAGUUAUCCUUUAAAGUUCUCUGCACACAUAUUCUUAAAUUGCUUUGUGUGCCAAAAAUAAAUCACCAAUUAUUUUUUUAAUUUUUUUUUUAAUUUGGCAUGGAUUAGUGGUAAAACAGUUGCAUGAAAAGAGUCAAAAUACACCAAGGUUAAUACCUUUUUAUUUAUUUAUUUUUUAAAUUCUUUAUUUUUCUCUGUGCAUGGAAAUAACAGGCAUGUAUAAUGUGCCACAAUAGCACACAUUUUGUCAGUCAAGAUUCACAUUUUGGCACUGAAGUCCUGGACUUUUUUUUUUUUUUUUUAGCAGUUAGGUACAAGCCAUAUACAUUUAAAGGCACAUGUUGAUUGUCGUUGUGAUAGUGUAUUAGUAUUAGAAGAUUAGCUUAGUGCAUGUUAGGUGUAGCUUGUUGUGUAUGAGUGGGUGGUCUGUGCACGACCUGUCGUAGGUGAUCCAUUCUAUGCUUCAUUGCCCGGCUGCAUUAAUGUGAUGAGGCAUAUGGAGUUAUUGUGCAUCGCUAGAUGCAGGCUAAGCUUAGUCUACCUAUUAGAUAUAGCAAAUGCCUGUGUGGUUUGUGUAUGUAGCAGGUGAGGUAUACAUUUCUAGUGCUCGGCAUGUGGGCUUGUCUCAUGAGAUGUGCUAAACAUAACAUGAAUAAAAAGCAUGGCUAACAAGCAAAAGUAAGGUAAAUUGGUCAAACAAUGCACAAGAUAUUAGCAAGCUGAGGUAACGAUAGGCAUGGGAACAGUGCAUCACUUAUAGCCUGUACGGUGGGGUUAUGCCUUAUCACCGCUCUCGGGCUUGAAGGGGCAUAGUCCUCCUCCAGUGCAGUCUGUCUGGUUUAACCGAUGCCGACUCUGGAGGCUUGAUAGGUGGGCCAGGUGCAGUGGUAAAGUUGGUGCUGCGGCCAUCCUCCGGCUCCCGCGGGGUCUGGAGGGGCUCUCCACUGAUGUCUGGUAGGGAGCUGUGCUGGACUGCGGUAAGCCAUGCGGCUGGUGGUGUUGGUCCUUGCGUGCGAGGUCUCGUUUCGUUGGUCUGAGGAUUCCAGUGCCACAGAGUGGUGAGUGUGUCGGGCAGGCUUGGUGGACUUGCUCCGGUGUACGCGAGAACGAGUGUCAGAAUUUAAGGGGUGUGUUGCCGUUUCCCGCCAGUCUGGUCUCCGGCCUUUUCUCUGUUUGGAGGCCGAGCUGGGUGGAUGUCUGCUUAAGGGUGGCCGGGCAAAGCCAUGCCGCCAUUUCCCUCCAGACCAGGCGGAAGUGCUGAUCCUUGGUGCGGAGUUUCGUCCAUAGAUUGGCACAGAGCCUGUCGAAAAACUCCAGGGUGUGCGUAGGUGGUUCGGUUUGUUGCCGGUCGUGUCCGCGCCGCCAUCUUGCUCGGGCCCCCGCUGUCCCGCUUGGUUGCAUGCAUGUUCGCUUGUGAGUCGUGUUGCAGGGGUGGUUGACCCCCGUGAGGACUGGGAUAUCCCCCGCCGGUCCAGAAGGGGGGGGAGGGUGGGCUGCAGGGCAGUGUAUGAUUGCUGCUUGUGAGCAGGUCCCGUGCCGGAGGAUUGUCCACUUCCUCCAGGCCUCAGGCUGGUCCUGUUUCAUUUUUUGGGCUUCCUGCGUAGCUGACAGUUUGGGUAAUCAGGAUAUUCGUUUUUGUGCCUGCAGGUGCAAGAGCCCUUAGAAAGCACGUCCUGCCAUCUUGGGGAUAUAUAUAUAUUCAUUCUAUUUUCUCUGAAACUGCUAUGUUUAUAGAAAAAAUGGUUAAACCUAGCUGGACCAGGCACCCAGACCACUUCAUUAAGCUGAAGUGGUCUGGGUGCCUAUAGUGGUCCUUUAAGACACGCAGUAUUGUUCUUAUUCCUCUAACUUGCACAUUAUAAAACUCAUCUGCUUCUAAGGUAAAGGAAACCUCUAGUGUUGGGUAUACAAACAUGUGUUCCUAACGCUAUAGUAGUCUAGUACUUCUUUAGAUACCUGGGCUCACUCAAAUUAAAUAAAAAGGCUUUAACCUACCUGUUUCAGCUGGCUGAGAUAAUGAGUUUUGAUUAAUUUAGAUAAUCCAAUGCUUUUCCAUGGAGAAGCAUUAUGAGACAAGUGCACAUGUGCUGCAAAUCGCAGCACUGCGCCAAUCCGCAUUUCCUUGAUUAAAUAUCACUAUAGCAAUAGAUAUUUGAUGAAUUUCUGAACUCAUAAUGUACUUUAUUUUAUUUAUUUUAUUUUUUUCUCCUCCUCCUCCUCCUCCUCCUCCUCCUUCUCCUCCUCCUCCUCUCUCUUAAUAGCCUGGAAAUGCCCAAAGAUGAACUACCAAACCACAAUUGCAUAAAGCAUCUCCGCUCUGUUGUACAGCAACAGCAAACCAGGAUAGGAGAACUGGAGAAGGCAUCCGCAGAGAGCAAGCAUCAGUUGUCUGAGCAGGUAAACAUUGCUCAAGAGUACUUGAUGGAUCUGGUUUACCUAUCUUUCUUGGAAAUGUUGUCUGCCUUGAUAUUAUGGAUAUAGAAAAAAUACUAAAAAACUACAUUUAAAGUGACUCCAAGGGGGACUGCCUACUCUUCUUCCUCAUAGAAUGUCUAUUGGGUUUUACAUUUUGUGAACUACUGCGCAAGUAUGUCUUGGGCUUCUGGGGGGGAAAUGUGCAAAUACUCACAUGUGCUUUUUGACCCACUGUCAACUUCAGAGGAAAUUGUGUGUGUGACACACUAGCUGUGUUUCUAAAUUUUGUUUAUAAAUGUUUUUUUAAUUGUUUGGUUUUUUUUUGUUUUUUUUUAUGCCAUUCAAAAAUGUGAAAUUAAGUAGUGUGGAAUGUGGUUUACCAAGUCAGAUUUAAUCUUGCAACUUAACUCCUUUACUUUUUACAGAAUUGUUGGUUUUGCGACCAUUAAGCUAAACAACCCAUAUACGAGAUUCACCUAAAAAAAAAAACAACAAAAAACCUGGCCAAUGAACCAUUGCUUAAAGCGGCACUGUCAUGGCCGCAUCCGUGUUUGUUUGGUUUUUUUUUUUGUUUGGUUUUUUUAAAACCCCCCUUCCUACUCAAAUACAUUUUAUUGUGCCCAAUUUACCUUUUUUUUUUUUUUUUUUUUUAAAUAACUUUAAUUUAUGCCUGGACCUAGGUCCCGGCACCACCAUCUUUUUGUGGGCAGAUGAAGUCCCUGUGGGACACAUCUUCCCACACUAGAUUGCGCUAUGAAAUUACUGUGCAUGCCCAGUUAAACACCCCCAAUGAGUGGCAGGUGAGGGCCAUAAUAACAAAAGGAGGAGGGACCCUCAGGCCCCAACCCAAGAGCGAUGAAUGGGGGCCAAAAGUAGCAAGAGAUGGGGGGACCUAUUGUCUAAGAGUGCCCUGAUAUGUAAAUUUGAGCCUUGCAAGUUACCAAUCAGACAAGGCUCAAAAUUUACCUAUCCGAGCACUCCUAUUGGUUGGUUUCAACCAACCAAUAAAAGAGCUCUGAGUCAAAUUGCAGGGUGUGGGAAGGCUUUUAUAAGCCUUUCACUGCCCUGUGGAGUUCUGUUACAUUUUUGCCUCCACCCGUAACCAAUGGCUUGUUACUUUUUGCCCCCACCUGCCGCUGAUGUGUGGGGCCCGUGAGUGGAGACAAUAGGUGCCCCCUUCCUCUUGUUACAUUUGGCCCACAUUUGCCGCUCAUUGUUGGGGGCCGGGGGGGAGGCAGUACGACCUCUCCUUUUGUUAUUACGGCCCUCGUCUGCCGCUCAUGGGUGGGACCCGUUCCUUGGAAUUGCCCCCACUCGCGAGGGUCGGGUCUGGGGUAGGACACUAUAUCCUCCCCUGUUAUUUUUCUAGAUGCCACACCAUGGGGGACCUGUACUAGGUCCCCCAUUAAUUGAUUCGGGGGGUGGGGAGCUUAUUUGUUAGGACAGUGAGCAGCCACAGGCUUCUCACUGUUUUAUUAAUGGGAGGAAGUUUGGAACAACUAGGACUCUUCCUAGAACCGGCCAACUGACCAAAUUUGGCAAUCUGAAGAGACAGGCCUUGGUAAGAGAGAAGACAAAGAACCUGAUGGUGCCUCUACAUGAGCUCCAGAGAUCAUGCAUGGAGAUGGUCAAAAUGUUAUGGUAAACUGGCAAGAUGAAAACCUCUCCUCACUACAUUAUACAUGAAUGCCCACUUGGAAUUGGCAGGGGGGGGAGAAGCACCCAAAGGAAUCUCUGACUGUGAGAAUAAGAUUGUCUAGUCUAAUGAAAUGAAAAUUGCACCAUUUGUACUCCAUUCGAAGCGUCCUGUCUGAAGAACACCAGGCACCUCUCAUCACCUGCUCAAGAACAUCCCAGUGGUUAAGCAUGAUGAUGAAUAGCAUCGUGGUUUAAGGGUGUUAAGCAGCAGGGACUGGGAAACUGUAUUUUGCUGCGUUCAGCUUUCUCUCAACCCCGACCGACCAGAGACAUUCUUGGUGAAAACCUUGUCCAGAAUUCUUAUGACCGGAGAUUAGGCCAAAGUCCCUUGUGGCCACCGCCAUGCUCUUUCGGCUGGAUGAGCCUAUAUCAACGUUGUACUCUUACGCAUGUGUGAAAGUGCAUCACUAAGAUAUAUGGAGGAUCCUGCGAGACUUCAGAAUCCUCCAUAGACUGAGCUUCUCCCCCCCUCCCCCCCCCCCGUUCCGUCACUAGUUGUAGCUCUGCCUUUUUGUCAAGCGUAGGAAAAAACUAAAACAAAGUCCCUACUCUGUCUUAUAUCUUUUUGACUGUGUUAAAAUUCCAAUAUGGUCAGUAUGAGUAUUUAAUAAAGAUUAGAUUUUUAUGAAAAACUAAUUUUGGAUUUGUGAUAGGGGGGGAGAGGGGUGACAGUGCUGCCUUAAGAGUCUAAAUACAUAUGUCAAUGUUAUAUUUAAUUGUUUCUAUUUAAUAUAUUUGCAAGGUGUAAAGAGAAAAUAUUUUUUAUUUUCUUUAUAGUGGUAUUGAAUGUAGAUUGAUGUGGGUUAAAAAAUUAUUUAAUUGUAGCAUAAGGCUGCAACGUAAAAUGUGAAAAAACGAUUCUUAGUAAUUUUGAAAAUGUAGCAUUUUUUUAAGACCAGAUACAGCAAUGGGCAAAAUUGCUUCUCUGGAUAUGUUUUCACAGCUGAUUCUAGCUCUUUUAAUCCCACAGAAACGUGACAUCCAGCUGCUGAAGGCUUAUAUGAGAGCGAUACGUAGUGCCAAUCCAAAUCUGCAGAACCUAGAGGAGACCAUAGAAUACAACGAAAUACUUGAGUAAGUACUGCAAAAAUAUGCAAGAUAAAAAAUACACUCUACAAGGAGGGAAAUGUUAUGUAAUUUCCUUGUUUUGUUAGAAGUGCUAGAGAAAUGCACAAAUAAAAGACAAAUACAAUUCUCUUGUAUUUCUUAUCUAAUGAUUUGUGACAUUUUGUUUUUCUUUCAAUUUUAAUUAUAGAGCAUUGCAUUUUGAUGUGUAAUAACUUGAAGUAUUUUAUUUGUCGUUUUCGUCUCCUCUGACAAAACUCUUCACUUUAUUCUUAAAGUUACAUUCCCCGUGUAGGGUAGAUGGAUCUACCGAACUCUGACACUCCCCUCCCCCCCCACCCCCCCCACCCACCCCCCCGGCUCAUUAACUUCAAAGAAACCAAGAAAAGUGCUCUCUAACUGAACGCCACAAGCUGGAGUAAACAGUGGUUAUCUUGUUGCAUGAAAGCAGGACUUGGCUGUUGAGUGUCUGUAACUCUAAGGUUGACACUCGACCUCGUGAACAUCAGCUAAACUUCACGAAUGCCUGCUUCUUGCCACGACAAGCCAGUAGAACGCUGUUCGAUAUGUUUGUUCGCACAAAGUAGGCGAACAAACGAUACCUAUGAGCCAGGGAACCGUUCGUCUGUUUGUGCGAUGGCGAUUCAGCUGUAUUCGUGGUAUCUGAGCGUAAUGGACAACUUGGACGUUUAGAUCCAGGCUAUCCGGGAAUAUAAUAUUUGUGGGGGUUCUGUCUUAUAUGUAUUUUAAAUAUUUGUAAUUAUGUUUUUAUGCUAAGUCAUGCUGACUCAAAAAUGUAUGAGUGUUGUGGGACAGUUCUGGGUGUGUUAGACUGUAUCCCUGUUGUGUAUAAAAGUGGGUCAUGAAAAAAUAUUCCUGUUAUACCCAUCAUCAAGUCUCAACUGAGGUUUGGGUAUGUGACUGACGAACCGCUGGAUUUACCCUUGGGCAACUUGGAUUUUGGGAACGGACGAAUCAGCGUUCCAAGUGAACAGGCUAUAAUCACUGAAGUCCCUAGCCUUUCGGGAGCAUACGAACGAACUGGUAUAGGAAAUACCAAGUGUUCGUUACACCUCCUCUCCAUACUUGGUUCCUUCUACUGCUUUUUUUUUUUAAUAUUAUUCUUCAUUUAUUUAUUUUAAAUAAUAAUGCUGAUUAAUGCAUUAGGUUUUGACUGUCAUUUUAUGCAGUAUAACGUUUCUAAGUUUUCAUACAACCAGUAGAACGAUUUGGUAUGAAAAACUUUAUACUAAAUUACCAUGGCUAAGUUCCUGGUAGCUAUUUAAUUUUGAAUCAAUGUUUUGUACCAAUGGUAACAUGAUAAAAUAUUUGUAAGGGCCUAUUCUUCAGAUCAAAUUCCUUCAGUUUGUUAGAGGGUUAUCAUGACCAUCAUAAUUCUAGUGGAUGCAUAUCUCCAAUCAAAUCACCAUUUUAUUCUAUUUUUCUAGAUUCCCUUGACCAACAUUUCUUAAGUGAUGUAUUGGUUGUAUCACCUCAUGUUUCAAGAAGAGAUUUGAUUAUAUAUCUGACACUACACUUUGAUGACACACAAAAAUAAAACAGUGCUAUUCAACCAAACCAAAUUUAAGUAAGUUUGCAGACCUUAAUGAGGCUUUCUCACAAACCCCAAAAAGGAUAGGACAAUACAGCAAAAGGAGAGGAAGUUUGUGCCAAUAAAAUUGUAAUAAAAGAUAUUUCCAAUGGGUGAUCGAUAUAGAAGAAUAAAAACCAAUAAAAUGUCCAAAUAAAUAUGCAAACUUGCAAGGAGAACAGCCAAGUCUUGCAGGAAAGUCACUUCUCUAUGGAGAGGCCAGAUCAGGAAAUGCUUGGGAUACGUAUCAAUAUACAAAGAAAACCGAGGAAAACCCAAUAUUUUAGUAUAUCACGACAAUAUAUGGCACUAAUAAUUUGUACAUCUACUCACGUUUUCUAUAGCUAGAACCAGCUCUAGCAUGAAUGGCAUACAGUAGUAUAAUCUCACUUGUAGGAUACAUGCGAUAAUGUUAGCAGAUAUCACACUGGUAUGGGGACCAUAAAACCCAGAAUAAAUAGAAAACAAUAGUACUCUCUGAGUAAACUGAACUAGAAGUAAUAAAUUAAAAAGAUUUACUCAGAUUUGAUCCCCACCAAGGAUUCUUUAGUGAGGUUAUCGUUGGAACUGUGAACAAUUAGUGCCAAACUGCUAAUCCAGCAUGCUGCCUGAUUAAAUCUCACUUUCAAUGGAUACGGAUACAGAGCCAAAGCAUUUCCUGAUCUGGCAGCUCUAUAGAGAAGACUUUCUACAAGGUUAAGCUGUUCUCCUUGCAAGUUUGCACAUUUAUUUCAACAUUUGAUUGGUUAUUUUUAGCUUUGACCACUUCAAGGGAGCUUGAGUUCAGUCGUCUCCUUGAUGUGUUCAUAAAACAAGUGUUUUCAGAUUACUUGUACUAUUUGCAUGCAUUUACUAGGGUUGAUGGUAAAUUCCAUGGAUGCCUGGUUUCACCUCUGGACACUCCAGUUUGUUUCAAGACUUCUUGGUUUCCUCAUUUGCUUUCAUUGACUGACUUUUUUCCUUUUCAUUUCACUAUUUGUGUUUCACUCACAUUGUCUUUCCCUUUAAUACUGGCUGGCUGAAUGGUCUGUCUGUUGACUUUUCACUAAGACCAGAGUAGACUGUAGUAAUGACCUAUCACAGCCUGUUAAGAUGAAGUGGUGUUUGGUGGCCACUCAGUAAUCUUUGUCAUACCAGGAAGGGAGAAUGCCAGUGCCCAGUAGCCCAGGAAGGUCUUCUGGCAUGGUCCAGUCAUAAUAUGGGGUCAUCCAUCACAUUUUAAUUUUCUGGUCCACAGAGCUUCUCGAUGAGAAGUUUCUGGUUGUUUCCCAGCACAGAUGAAAGAGUGUGUCAGGGAAUAAGAGUAGGGGGACUUGCAGUAAUUGGAGAAACUAGGUCUGAAGCUACUACAGGCUAAGUUAUCCCUAAAUACAACAUGCAAAAUGAACUCUAUGCAUGAAUUUUUUUCUAUGGGAGCACAUACAGGUUAUUUGGGUUUUUUUUUUUCCAAUGGAGAGUUCCUUUCCAGUAAUAUACUAACAGCGAUUUAUUCAAAUCGCACCGGCUUAGAACAAGUCUGAAAAAAAUCAAACAGAAGUCAGGGAAAUUAAAAGUGGUUAAAAAAUGUCAACACAUAUCGUGAAUAUGCUGAAAUGGCUAGAAAAAGGGAAAGAGGUGCCUGGUGUAAGAAUUAAGAAAUGUGCUUAUUUAAGAAUUAAAGGAUCACUAUAGUGUCAGGAAAACAAAGCAGUUUUCCUGACACUGUAGUGCCCUGAGGGUGCCCCCACCCUCAGGGUACCCCUCACGUGGCGCUGAAGGGGUUAAAACCCCUUCAGCAGCUUACCUUAUUCCAGCGCCGGCCUCCCUUGGCGCUGGUGACCUCUCCUCCCCUGCUUUCCUAUGGACGCUCUGCCGAUGGAGACAUAAUAUGCCCCCAGCGUCGCAGAUGCGCCUCUAGUGGCUGUCCGGAAGACAGCCACUAGAAGCUGGCUUAACCCCAAAUGUAAACAUAGCAGUUUCUCUGAAACUGCUAUGUUUGCUUCUGAAGGGUAAAACCUGAGGGACCUGGCACCCAGACCACUUAAUUGAGCUGAAAUGGUCUGGGUGACUAUAGUGUCCCUGUAAUGUUUUAUUGGGAAAUACAUUUUGCUUAGUGUCUGAACAUUCACCAAAUCGAAAUCUAAGCAACUUGACUUGAAAUCUCUACUGGUCAGAAACCCUCUUCUGAUUCAUUUGUUUAUAAUAGUAUACUUAAAAUUAAGAGGCACAGCUGGUAAACUAAAACUUUUUUUUCUUUUCUUACCAGUGAGUCAUCUUAAAAACUGUCAAAAGUGUGUGUGUUUGUGUGGGGGUUUACCCCUUUAAUCCUACCAAAUCUGCCUUGUGGGCUUCACUAUCUAGAACCAAAUGGACAAUUAUGUAAGAUGAAUUGGUUUCGGAAUAGCUCAGUGUGGUAAAAAAGAUGAUUUAUAUAUACAAACUACAAAUCUGAUAUAAAUUGAAUAAACAUGAUCAGCAAUGUUAAAAAGUCUAAAUAAAAUCAAUGGUGGAAUACUAUUAUUUCAUAUGCUCAACACCCCAAAUUUGAGUUUACCACUAUUGUAUUGAAGCUACACAAUAUUAUUUCAGUGGGACAUAACAGAAGAAAAAUAGACCGUGAAGCAGAUUCAGUGUCACAGCAACAAGUUAAACAUUUCAGUACUAUACUGGACUUUUAUCAAGACUUUUAUCUUGAUAUGUAUAUCUUUCUUUCAUUCAUUCAUACAUACAUAUGUCUUAUCCAUAACAGGAGUUUAUAAACAGUCUGUUUUAUCAUUAUGCAAAUGAAGUAAUUCAAUUAUUUUUGCCAGUAGAGGAUUUCUAACAAGAAAAGAAAAGAGCCCAUAGGAUUAAAUUUCUCUAGUAGCCUGUCACUAUAUUACACUGUAUAAAUGCAGUCUCAAACGUAUAAAGAGAUUAAUUGAAAAAUAAUUUAUUAAUAAUAUAAAAAUAUUGUGUGUGUGUUGUAGGGAAACCAUGCCAUUGACCAAUUUUGGAGACUUACAUUUUUAUUUAAAUAAUUGCUUUGUUUUGAUGUUUUGUUCCACAGAAGCUGAAGUACCAGAGGUUGUCUAUUCUGACAUUCCAGCUGCUGUGAAAAGCAACACACCGUCCGUUUGAUACUGUCUUCCUUCCAAACAUUAAAAUAUAUAUAUAUAUAUAUAUAUAUAUAUAUAUAUAUAUAUAUAUAUAUAUAUAUAUAUAUAUAUAUAUAUAUAUAUAUAUAUAUAUAUAUACAUAUAUACAUAUAUACAUACACACACACAACUGUGCUCAAUAAAUCCGUUGUAAAGGCAAUAAUUACAUGGCUAUUGCUGACUGUGUUCUGCUAUUUGAAACACCUUGUCCUUUUAGUAUUUUCAAAUGAAGUCCAAAAAGCUGCAUAUACUCUAGGGCUGCAUAAAAAUUAUAUAUUUUAUUUGUUACAACUAAAACAAUAGAAAAAUAGUGUCUCAGUGGAGCUCCAGCACUUAAAAAAGAAAAAGAAAAAAGCGACAACGACAAAAAAAAACACCCCAUGUAAUCCAUAAAGUAAAAAAAAUACACAUCACUCUGCAACCUCCUGACAUGUUUUGUGUUUAAUAUAUGCACUUAUUCACAGGGGGAAAUAUGAAUAAGUGCAUAUAUUAAGCACAAAACAUAUCAGGAGGUUGCAGAGUGGUGUGUAUUUGUCAUGGUGUAUUUUUCUUGCAAUGUUGAAGCCCAAGCAAUUCACACAGUUUUCAUACUUAGUGCAGCUCCAGAACGUUAUUUUCCAAGCUGCUUGAGGUUGAUGGGAGUUACACCACCACAGUUGUAGGCAUAAGCACAUCUGUCCUUUUCCCAGUAGUUUAAGGGACUAUAGUCACCCAAAACACUUGAGCUUUAUGAAGCAGUUUUGGUGUAUAGAUGCCACUACAAGCUCACUGCUGAAUUCGCUGCCAUUUCAACAGUUUUAUACCACCGUACUAAACACUUCAUGUAAAGUGAGAUCUAAUGUUUAUACUUCCUUUAUUGCACACUCUGUUAAAUUUAGAAUUUAUCUCCUGCUCAGUUAUUAGACCUUUCAGAAUCCUACUGUGUUUGAUUUAAAGUAGAAUUUACAGAUUUGGAGAUUAAGUGAACAAAAUGAAACCAUGCAACUGUGUGAAUUACCGCCAGGGGAGGUGGGGAUAGGGCUGCAUUGACAGAAACAAAAGUGGUUGAACUCCUGAAUGGCAGAGAAUUGAACAGUGAAAUUUUAGAUGCAUAAUCUAUACACCAGAACAGCUUCAUAACGCUAAAGUUGUUUUGGUGACUAGUUUCCCUUGAGGCCAAGUGAAGGGGAGACCACUGCAAUUGCAGCCCAUCAAAUUCAAGCAUACAUCUUGUGUAAGAGGGUGUGUGAUUGAUGAAACUGAAGUGUAUAAUUUACAAAUGAUCUAGGCAUUAAUGUGCACUUAUCGUUGAAUGUCUUUCAAAGAGAAAGCUCAAAGGCUUUUUUUGGGGGGUAAAGACUAACUCCAUCCCAAUGUAAGGGCGUGCUAUGCGUUCCUACAAUAUGAAGGCUUUAACGUCAUUAGGGCAGUAUUACACUCCAUAAAGAUUUGGCCCUUAAUCCAGGAUCACAAUUAAUGACCUGCUUAGGUUGCAUCAAGAUCACAUGACUUGGAUCAGCUGCAGGGGAAGUGCUCGGGUUGUCAAGCAGGUCCCCGAUAUAUAAAAGCAUAUCUAACAUAAGCAUGCCUAAUAUGUUAUUAAAAAAAAUAAAAAUACAUUAAAAUAUGUUCUAUAAUUCAUAACAGCCCAGCAAAAAUACCAGAUAAUUUAAAGGGACAGUAUAGUCACCAAAAUAGCUUUAGCUUAAUUAAGCAGUAUUGGUGUAUAGAUCAUGCCCCUGCAGUCUCUCUGCUAAAUUAUCUGCCAUUUAGGAGUUAAAUCACUUUUUUGCUUCUGUUUAUGCAGCCGUAGCCACACUUCCACUGGCUGUGACUCACACAACCUGCAUGAAAAGAAAUGGUUUCACUUUAAAUAAGAUGUAACUUUAAAAGUUUAUCUCCUGCUCUGUAAAUUGAACUUUAAUCACAUACAGGCGGCUCCUGCAGGGUCUACUAGUAAGCUAUUAACAGAGCAGGAGAUGAGAAAUUCUAAAUUAAACAUUUUCAACACAGGAAGUGUAAACCUUAGAUGACUCUUUGCAGGAGGUGUUGGGAAGGCUUUGUACGUCACAUGCAGGGAGGUGUGACUAGGGCUGCAUAAACAAAUUGAUUUAACUCCUAAAUGGCAGAGAAUUGAGCAGUGAGACGGCAGGGGCAUGAUCUGUACAACAAAACUGCUUCAUUAAGAUUAAGUUAUUUUGGGGACUAUAGUGUCCCUUUAAAGUGAAAGCCAUAUAUUUGACCCUGUAACUGUUCAAAAGCUAAUAAAAGUUAACCAUACUAUGACAUUCACAGUUAAAAUGUCAUGCAAAACUUGGAAAAUAAGUCUUAAUUUCUCAUGCGUUUUUUUUUUUGUUUGUUUUUUAUGUUAAAAAAUUGUUUCCAGAUAUUUGAUAUGAAAUGAAAGCGGAAAGCCCUAUUUCUCCUGAGCAAAAUCAUUCAUAAUGUGUAGGUGCACUUAAAUGGACACUGUAGUCACCAAAACAACUUUUGCUUAUUUAAACAGUUUUUGUGUAUAUACCAUUCCUCUGAAGUUUCACUGCUAUUUAAGAAUUCAAUCACUUUUUGUUUCCUUUAUGCAACCCUAGCCUCACCUCCCCUGGCUGUGACGGACACAGCCUGCAUGAAAACAAAAUGGUUUCAUUUACAUUUAGAUGUAAGUUACUUUCAAAGUUUUUCUCUUGCUCUGUAAAUUGAACUUUACAUACAGAAGGCUCCUUCUGGAUCUAGCAAGCAGCUGGGCAGGAGAGAAGACAUUCUAAAUUAAACAGAAUUUGCAAUAAAAGAAAUGUAAACAUUAGAUGACUCUUUACAUGAAGUGUUUAGGAAGGCUUUGUAAGUUACAUGCAGGGGUUGUGACUAGUGCUGCAUAAACUAUGUGAUUUAACUCCUAAAUAGCAUGACAUUGAGCAGUGAGAUUGCAGGGCAUGAUAUAUACACUUCAAUUGCUUCAUUAAGCUAAAGUUGUUUUGGUGACUAUAGUGUCACUUUCAUAUGAAAGGUAAAGUAUGUUUGAAAAGACAUAUAGCUCAAGUUCUAGGUUUUGGAUUUGGUUCAGAACUUGUACAAUUGUCUCUUCUUAAGAGGUUAAGCAGAGGGCUGAAUGUUCUGUUUCUGUUCAUCCCUUUUUGUGUGCAAUGUUUCUUCAAUAAGAGUUGUUUGUCAUUAGGAAGGACAGCAGUGUGUUUCUGGGAGCUUUGGUUCAGCUAACAUAAUGAAAGCACUUGCCAUGGAAAAGUGUGUUUUUAUUUUUUUUGCAUUAUUAGUUGAUCAUUUCUUUGUUUGGGAUUUGUAAAACCUGAUCAUUUAUUGCAAAUACAGGAGAGAGAGAUUUUUCCAACUGGACUAGUGGCUUGAUAUCUUUUACUAUUUUUCCGAUGCAUUCGUUUAAAGAUGGUGAACAUUUAAAAGUUGUUUUUUUUUGUUGUUGUUAUCUUUUGUACAGGUGGGUAAAUUCCUUGCAACCAGCACGUGUUACCCGAUGGGGUGGAAUGAUCUCUACACCAGAUGCAGUUCUGCAAGCUGUCAUUAAGCGCUCAUUGGUUGAAAGUGGUUGUCCAGCUUCCAUAGUGAAUGAAUUGAUAGAGAAUGCACAUGAGCGCAAUUGGCCACAGGGCCUGGCCACUCUUGAAACAAGACAGAUGAACAGACGUUAUUAUGAGAACUAUGUGGCAAAAAGGAUUCCUGGGAAGCAGGCUGUAGUGGUAAUGGCCUGUGAAAAUCAACACAUGGGCGAGGACAUGGUGCUGGAACCUGGUUUGGUGAUGAUCUUUGCUCAUGGAGUUGAAGAAAUAUAAAUGCACAUUAUUUUAUGAAUUUACACUCCAUUUGUUCCCCUGUGUGCUCUCUACUCCUUGGAAAACAGACUUUUUAUCUUAAGAAAAAUAAAACCUCCAUACUCCACUCUUGCCACUGGUGCCUACUGGUUGAAUGCUGGGUUGCUGCUUUACCAGUGUUGGUGUGUAAGAAGAAACUCUCUGGCCAAACUGAUAGCAUCACUAUUUUAACUGGGCUUAUGAGGUCAAGUUAGCAAAGUACGUUUUUGUCCUUGCUUCAUUUUGUUUUCCUUUUGCCACAUUGGUCGGAUGUAGAUAUACAUAUAUAUAUAUAUAUUUUUUUUUUAUGGAUCUGGUGCUAAUAGACAAAGUCUAGAUGCACAAACUGUGUACACCAGGAGCAGUAGAUACAGGGGACAAAACAAAGGGCAUUUUGAGGAAGUGCUGAGGCACAGGCUCUAAUAUCACUGGUUUCUACUAAAGAAAAAGCUAUAUUUCAAUUGGAACUUGGAUUCGUGUAAGGCAAUUUGGACAUUGGAUCUUGGGAGGGUUUUGUGGUAUUGGGCUAGAGGAAAGUAGAUAUUUUUUUAAUCCCAGUAUCACCUAGGACUAGUAACAAAUGUUCAGGAUGAGCUGUCACAAUGUAUUGGUGGUAUGGUAAUUCAGUCUUUAAAGCCAGCUCCAGCAGUUCACCCAAAGGCCAUAUUAAUUUUUGUGUAGAGAUGUAAAAAGAAGUCCUGAGGCUAACACAAAUCUCAUCUAGACCAAAACAAAUAGAAACAUCAUAUCAAGUGAAUGAAGAUGAUUCUGAUUGUGGCAUGUAAACCGCUCACACAGUAUAUUGGCUUUUGAUUAUUCUCCUUCCUGAAAUCUAUACACACGGACCUUAAUAUAUUGCGAUUCAAGAGCAUAAAUGAAGAAUGCAAUCCAAUUGUGUCCUUUUCAUUCCUUUGUAUUGUGUGUGUUCUGCAAAUGUUUCAUGUUUUGUUCUUUCACACUGGGCUUGUAUACAGCACUAUCCUUAAUUACAGUGCCCAGAAGUCAGACACCUUUUUAGUUUUUGACUAGUCAUCUGUCAUCAUUGUGGGUACUUUCUUUAAGAUUUAUUUCAAAUGAGGCACACGCCCCCUGAACCUUAUGUGAAUAAAUGUAGAUUUGUGCAGUUCUCCUAUUCCCUCCGUUGCUGAAAGUAAGAUUAAUGAACAGACAAAACUGACAAAUCAGUCUUCCUUGCUAUGGAGAAUAAGGCAAGUAAUUACAGAGAUAAAAUCACAUUUCUUUGUGAUCUUCGAUCUGUGACUGUUUGUUCAUAGACCUUUAAAACUUUAUGUAAUUGCUUUAUUUUAAGAUUCCCUCCCCCCCAAAUAUUCAUGUAUGACAUUUGUGCUUCAAUAUUUUUGUAUUUCUGUUUUGCUCUAUUUGUCUGCUUUAUUUGCUUUUGUCUUUUUUUUAAUAAUACAUAAACAUAAAGUGUGUGUUUGGUUGUUUCUUUUUACAUAACGUUUCUUUUUGUUUUCCUUUUUGCCUUGAAAAGGGGUUGUUUAUUUUUAUUUUUUUAAUAUUCCGUGGAGUUAAUGCAUGAAGAAAACCUAUUGCCUCUGACUCUGUAGUCAACCCAGCCCUAGUUAUUAAUGACCUAAAAUUGAUAGGGAACUGCUUAUUACAAUGCUUGGAGUACUCAUUUUUAGAAUUUCAUUGUAGAUCUGCAUUGGUUAUAUAUGUUGGACCAUUACAACCACUAUAUAUGCUGCUUACAUAGUAUUACAGUAAAAUGCAUAAAAAUAAUAAAUAUACAUCAAGCAUUUGCCUUUAAUGAGGUAAAAACAAUAUUUUCUUGGAAAACUCCUGAUAUAUUUUGUUUUUCUCAAAAAUCUAUUUUUUCCUCCUAAAGAUGUAUAUUUUUUUUUAUUACCAAAAGCAUGCUUACCUAAUACUUGCAUUGGAACACCUGGUGUUAUUCAUAUGACCUAUUGCUCAUUUCCAUAAACAUCAGAAGCCUUGUGAAAAUAUGUUCUCUUCAUCUCCUUAGAUAACAUUCUUUCGAAGUAUGCUGAUAGUUGUAGCUUGGCAAGUAUGUAAUUUUACUUCCCUCCCCCUCACCCCCCCUCACCCUUUUUCCUCUCCCACCUUCUCCUCACCCCCUCCCCUCCCACUUCUUUUAAAGGAUUAAAAAGCAAUGGAAAAUUGCCAUCAAAAGAUCUGAUGUCUGCAUUGUAGAAAAGAAUGGCUAAAAUAAAUGUUGAUCCUAUGUGAAUGUGCAUAUUGGCAUUAUUUAAUGUGUGUUAGUUUACAUAUGAAGAGAACUUACAUAUAUUUCAGCAAACCCUGAGGAACAUAUGGUGAUUGUGCUAGUAAUUAUCUGGUUAUAUUAUUAAGAUACUCUAGGCUGGAGCAUGUCAAAACAUUAAAAAUAAUUAAUUUUGAAUGGCCCACUUUAGAAGCGAUUCCUCCUAUCUUAAGCUCACAGACUAAUGGAGCUUUAAUAGGUAAACCUCUGCUCAUGGUAAGGAUCUUUAUCUUUUUUUGGGGGGGGGAAGGGGGUCUGUUUAUAUUACGGUCUGUUUCCCAAAUUGUACAGUGCUGCAGAAUAUGUUGUCAUUUUAUAAGUAAUAUUAUUAUUUCAGCUAUGGUGAAGUAUGCAGAGACUAGUAUUCUAGUUCCUACCGUUGUUUCCAGAAGGAGUGCUCAAUAGAACAUCUGUACAACCUGGACUAUCCAUUUACUGGCUUUUCUCCGAUUUCAUGUAUCUGGUACCAGUGCUUACUUGGCAUUUGUGUUUCCACAGUAAUUUGAACGGAAAGAAAAGUCACUGUUUAACUACUGCAUAUCUCUGGGCUCAACAAAUCCCAGGUCGCCAUGGCGACUAGAAAUUUUGCCCUGGUGUCUGGGAUUUGAAGUCCUUUGGCUAAAGCGGCAGAUUAGGAGGCUGGGUGGAUUAAAAUGGAAAAUAUCAAUUUGGGUGUCUCUCUGUCAGUGUGUCUCUGUGUGUGUGUCUCUCUGUCAGUGUGUCUGUUUUGGUACCUGCAACACCCCAAUCAUGAGAGAGGUGUUUCUCACCUUCUUUCCCACACUGUGCUGGUUUUGCUGCAGUUUGUCCUGCCUUCAUGGCUGAGAUAAUCUUUAGGAUCUCAGCUAAACCAGCUAAAAGGCAGCAUUUACAUUGAAAAGGCUACAGGGACAGGCUGUAGGCACCAGAACUAUAUUAAGCUGUUGUGGUUCUAGUGACUAUAGUGACCCUUUAAGAAUUUUUUAUUUCUUGUAAAUUAAACUUCACUAACUUAAAAAAUGUAAAACAUUUUUUUUUUUCAAAAGCUGUCUCCUAACUUUUGUUGCUGGCUCCUAGAUUCCAAACAAAUUUGUCAAGCCCUGACAUAACUAGUGCAACUAAAGAAAAAUAACUAUAAAAAUAUAUUCACUUAUUAGCAGUGUCAAAAAUGCCC